UGCCCCCACCCACCGCUCAGGUGUGGGGGCCUGGGGGGACAGGAGGUCCCCCCCUUAUUGUUAAUUUUAGGGCCCCACCCACCACUCAGGGGUGAGGGCCGGGGGGGACAAUAGGGCCCCCCUUUUUGUUAAUUAUAGGGCCCCCACCCACCGCUCAGGGGUGGGGCCAGGGGGGACAAUAGGUCUCCCCCUUAUUGUUAUCAGGGCCCCCACCCACCGCUCAGGGGUGGGGGCCGGGGGGACAGUAGGUCCCCCCUUUAUUGUUAUUUUUAGGGCCCCCACCCACCGCACAGGGGUGGGGGCCGGAGAGGGGGAAGACUGUAGGUCCCCCUUCAUUAUCUUUAUGGCCCCCACCCGCCGCCCAGGGGUGGGGGCCGGGGGGGAGGACAGUAGGUACCCCCCAUUAUCAUUAUGGCCCCCACCCACCGCCCAGGGGUGGGGGCCGGAGAGGGGGAGGACAGUAGGUCCCCACUUAAUUAUCUUUAUGGCCCCCACCCGCCACCCAGGAGUGGGGGCCGGGGGGGGGGAGGAGAGUAGGUCUCCUCCCCCCCCCUUCAACCACUAUUGUGGCCAGAAAGAGUCCCUGUGGGUUUUAAAAUUCGCCUGCCUAUUGACGUCUAUGGCGGUUCGCCGGGUUCGCCGGGUUCGCCGGGUUCGCGAACAUUUGCGGAAGUUUUAUGUUCGCGACAUCACUAUUCAUAGACCUGUCGGCAGCGACCCUGAUAAAGCGCAAGGAGCUGGCACCUGUGACAAGAGCGCUCUGCGAGGCAGACAUUCUCUACAAGUGGGGAUACCCCACACACCUAAUAAUCAAGAAAAAUUGCGCUGAACACCACAUCUACUCAGCAACUGAGGGAGCUGGGCUGUUGGGAGAAAGGAACCUGCAUGUUACUCUACAAGAUAAAGCUCAUAACCUCCGAGAGUAACCCACAAAAGUCGAUAAAAUUUGGACCCCACGGUCAAAACACAAGUGACUAUGAGUUAGGACUGAGCUAAGCCUACUAUACUAAUCUAGUACAACGCCUGGAUACGUGAGCAUGACCUAAUCUGUUUUGUAUCAAUGCCUAUGUAUAAUACUUAUGUGAUUAAUGGUUAUUAGGAUACCUAGCGUAGCAGAUAGGGGUUAUGUAUAAUGGUACUUGAAGGUUUACAUGGAAAGACGCAAGAAACAAUGACAUGCAGUAGGAAUAUAAAGAGCUUAAAUUUAUUUUGACAAAUUGAAGGGCAAGUAAAUCUACCCACUCAACUCACUCUCCCCCCAUAUAGGCUCUACAAAGCCACUAACUCUUGCACUAAUGUCGGAUACUGUUUUUCUGACAACUAUUUUGUACAUAGUUUUUCCCUUGUUACCUGUCCCCCCCCCCAAACCCAACCCCCGCAAAAACCCUACGCGCUCACAAUCGGUUAGGGUAAAUGGAAGCACAAUGGAGGCACAAUGUCCACCAACCAAGCAAAAUAACCCAGAGACCAGAGGCACACAUCACCAUGAGUCACAUUAAAUCACAAAUGACAACCACUUACCAAUAUACCCGAAUACCCAAACUCAAAAAAAUAUAUACUAAAUGUAACGGACCGUUUUGCACACAAGAGGUUAAAAACCGUUUAGGCGAUAUUUUCCUUUCAAAUGCACAGGCAGCUACUGCAAGCACCAAUCUCCCGAACUGCAAACUACACGAAUCCUCCAACUCCCAAACAGGAAACACACGAACACUGGAAACAGCCGAACAGGAAAAGCAUACAAUCAGCUUACACUUCUGGCAAUCAGCAUACAAUCCAAUUCCCCAAUAACGAGACAACACUUCGUUUUAAGGAUCAGGCAGAAUCUCAUUUACUGGGGCUACCUGCCCAGCUUUUAUGCAGGUCUUCCACCUGGUGGACACUCCCCUAAGGGACCAGAUGGAAGACUGGUAAACAUAUUGGACAUUGACCAAUCACAAGCUUACAAUCCCACAAUGCAUCACAAUCCCUCCUCUCUGUCCUGGAGAUAAUUGGGAAGUAAUCCAAUUAUCUCCAAGGACAGAGGCAAAACUCGAUUAACCACAUGGCAGACAAAGGACAAUAAAAUACAUUAAAAUAUCCAAUGUUACACUUACUACACAAAACAUAUAAAUUCUACAUAUCCCCAGAUAGCUUAGAUCUGAACGCACAUCACUACCGAAUGGCGCUCAGAUCACAUACAUACAGUUCAAUCGCCAUGGAGCCAAAGUCUUUCCCAUAGUCUUUCGUUACACGAAUAGGCUCCAUGGCAUGGCUAUCUGGGGUGAUGCUGUUCAUACGCUUAAACUACCGAAUGAACAGACAUUCGGUUAUACUACCGAAUGCAGAGGUAAGGAGGCUGGCGGCUCAGCGGUGUUCGCGCAAAUAAGUGUCCGUUUCCAGUUCCAUAGUUUGGGCGCUGAACACUGCUGGCCAUUCGGGAGUUAAAAUGGCCGCUGCCAUGUGUUCAGAAACGAACAAAGGCCACCCAGCGUUCGUCAAUUAAGCUGCGGUAAACCGCAGCUUCUGGGCGGUCAAUUGACGGCACACUCCAGUUCCCAGGUGGUCGAUCAUUCGGUACUUUGUUCAGUAGAUUGAAUCUACCGAACACCCCGGCAGAAAGGCACGAAUAAGCCUUUCUGCAGGGAAAACAAAAGGUUUUAAAUGCCGGGCCAUAGUCUAAAGGGAGCAGGCGAGCGACCAGGCUCCUCCAGUGGACAGUGGCGAGGCUGGCUCCGCCACACUAAAGGUACAAAUUUCCCACACAUACCCGGGAACACAAAAUGAAGAAAAAAGAGGCGAACUACCAUGAGUAAAUGCUUAGUGUUCAUGCAGCACAGAGAUAAAUUGUAUUUAUGGCUUUAACGGUUAUGUCCCUAAAUGUUAAGGGGCUAAAUUCACCACACAAGCGGAAACUAGCUCUAGCAGAGGCUAAAAAAGUGAAAGCCACAGUUGCUUUUUUACAAGAGACCCAUUUCUUAAAAUCCAACAUGCCCAAAUUCUCCUACAAACAAUAUCCUAUUGGAUACCACACAGGUUACUAAAAAAAAAAAGAGAGGAGUCUUGAUACUAUUUAACAAGGAUAUCCGCUUCUCGCUCCACAAAAAAAUUGGAGACAAAGAGGGUAAAUUCCUUCUUGUCCAGUGCCUUAUUGACAGAAGAACUGAGAAAAAUGAUCACUCAACUACCUCAGCAAAAAUCACCAGGGCCGGAUGGCUUUAUGAAUAUCUAUUACCAAACUUUCUCCGAUAUUUUAACACCACACCUCACUAAACUUUUUAACCACAGCUUCAUAACAGGCGACAUGCCAUCUGACAUGCUGCAAGCCCAUAUCUCCACCAUACCCAAACUGGGCAAACCAGCUACAACAUGCCAAAACUUCAGACCCAUCUCACUUUUAAACUGCGAUACCAAACUAUAUGCAAAAAUAUUAGCAAACCGUCUGAACACAAUAUUAACAUGUAUUGUCCAUAAUGACCAAUCCGGUUUUGUUAAACGAAGACAAGGAUCUGAUAAUACUAGAAAAGUCCUGGAUAUUCUAGCGCACAUGGAAGCAAACAAAAUGGAGGGCCUUCUCCUAGCAUUACAUGCAGAGAAGGCCUUUGAUAGGCUAAAUUGGGAAUAUAUGAUACAGGUCUUCUCCAAAUUUGGCUUUCCCAUGGAAUUCAUAACCAGCAUAAAGGCACUAUACGCGGGACCAUCAGCAAAAGUCAUCAAUGCAGGGUUCUUAUCAAAACCCUUCCAAAUCACAAAUGGCACCCAACAAGGAUGCCCACUUUCACCUCUAUUAUUUGUGUUACCCCUAGAGCCAUUGGCAUACAAAAUUAUAAACAAUCCGCAAAUAAAAGGAAUCUCCCUAUUACACACAGAUUACAAAACUAUCGAUGUUGGCGGAUGAUGUCCUUGUUUCCAUGACACGUCCAGACUCCUCUCUACCACACCUAAUCAGCACACUAGAAGAAUACAGCAAAGUCUCCUACUACAAACAAAACCAGACAAAAACUCAGGCACUCCCAAUCUGACUCCCAGCACCGCUAGUGCAAAAGCUGAAACAGGCAUACACGUUGGACUGGAGACUGAUGCACCUCACAUACCUAGGUGUUAAAAUCGCAGCUACAUAUAGGGGAAUUAACACACCCAACUACUUCCCUCUCCCACAAAUGUGUAAAAACAUCCUCCAUAAGUGGAAAGAUAUCAAACUAUCCUGGCUAGGAAGGAUGAACACCAUAAAGAUGAUGGUACGACCGAAACUGCUAAACACCUUCCGAAUGCUCCCACUACCCAUUUCAACCACUUUAGGGAAACAAAUUCAAAAAAUACUUACUUCCUAUAUCUUGGAGAAGAAAAGACCCAGAGUGCCCCUGCUACUUCUCCAAACCCCUGCUAUGGAAGGGGGAGUGGGGUUUCCCAACAUUAUGUCAUACCAGAGAGCCAUGAUCUUGGAAAAUGCAAUAAAAUUGCAUGCUCCAAAACACACACUACAGUGGGCGGAUAUAGAAAAUGUAUACAGCUCUAAAGGUACAGCACUAGAUUACAUGUAGAACCCUAAACAAUUGAGACCCACACAAAAGACAUUCCUUCCCCUAACCAAAUAUCUAAUACAAGCUUGGGACCACCUACAUCUGCUACAAGCAACUGCUACAAAUUCUCCUCAAAGGCACAGCUCACAGCGUUCCAUUCAAUCUCCCCAUGGUUGUCUGUCCAUAAGUGGAGAGAAAAAGGGGUAUACUACAUAGCAGACGUAUGUAGGCAAGGAAAUGUACUACCAUUUCCAGAACUACAAAAAACCUUCAAUCUACCCUUAUGAUUCAUCUUCCCAUAUCUCCUAUUAAAAAGCUUAAUCUCGGACAGAGUGGUACACCCAACACCAGCCCCACAGUCCCCUGUACAGGAGAUCCAGAGGUUAUAUGAUCGAUGCCACAAGGCACUGAUCAAAAAUAAAUCCCUUUCACUGAGCUACUCAGUGAUGCAAAAUCAGAUAUCUACACCUGAUUUCACAUAUCGAAAACAAUGGGAAAAAGAAUGUAACUUGUCCUUUAAUGAUGAGACGUGGGUACAGUCACUACAAUCCCUAAAGGGGAUUACAACUUGCUAUUCGCAUAUUGAAGCGCAUAAAAAAAACCUUUAUAGAUGAUAAAUUGAGCAAAAUUUACUCCCUUACAUCAAGCAACUGCUGGCGCUGCAAACAAGCCAAGGGGACCAUGUCCCACAUGUGGUGGGAUUGCACAACUAUUAGACCACUCUGGAAUAUGGUCCAAACCGUUUGGACAAAGCUCACAGCUACACGACUAACUACACUCAAGGUCUUUUUUUUUGUCCCAAACUGACAAACAAUUAUUGUUGUUAAUGAUUCCAGCCGCCCAAAACCUUAUAGCCUGCAAUUGGAAAAAAACAAAAUGCCCCUCUUCAACAUUACUGGAACAGAAUAUUAGACAAUUCAUUAAAUACGAGUUACUUAUGCCCAAUACUUAUAAACAGAGUGCCGCCACACAUAAUAACUGGCGGAGAUGGACGGAUUGGGAGUCCACAGGUGGAUCUGCAGAAAUACCGAAAAACACCUGAUAUAAUAUGCCGUUCCUACAACAUAGUGAACCCCUCUAGACACGACAACGGGGAAGGGUACUAUAACUGGUGGUGUUAGAGGGAACACGGACACCAAUAGCAUCAGAAACAGAUUAUGAUACUGGGGUAAACUUUUCUUAGCUGAAAUGUAAAGGGACGAUGUAGUCACAUAUAUAUGCCUGAUAUAUCCAAAUGCCUGAACCUGUACUUGUAUAUAUAUAAUGUGCCGUCUGAGGAAUCCACUGUACAUAUAACCCUCGCAUCCUUUACUGUUUACCCUCCCCUUCCCAUCCCGCUCCCUUUUCUUUUUUCUGUACCCCUGAAACCUUAAAAAUUGAAUUGAAAAAAUCUAUAAAUGCAGCAGUAUAGUGCAGUGAUACUGCCGGAAGUGAUCACAGUACAAAAAAAGGGGAAAAAGAUAAAAUGUAAAGAUCGUCCAUGGGAUCAAAAGUUGCACUGCACUUCUAUAGAGUAUUAUAGUAAUCGUGAUCAAAUAGCUAGAAUAAUAGCAAUUUAAAAACAGAUGAAAAAGUGUGAUUCACAGAAGUACAAAAUUAAACCCUACAACACCAUUACGUUCCUACAGAUGACUACUGCAUUAACUGAUCACAGCUUACAUUGGUAAUCAGUAAGAAAAGGGGAAAACAUAACUUUAAAUUACAUUUUUCUAGCACUGGAUACACUGGGGCACAUUGACACUUUUUUCUUCUCUUCAUCAAACUAGCAAGUGAAGAUCAGAGAGGAAGAAAGAGAGAGAUACAAAGUCAAUGUUUUAUAGCAUAUAGUUUGUCAUGUGAGCAAUGUGAUUGCUGUGAUAGGCUGUCACAGCAAUCACUAGUAAUACAGACUACUGGCUGUAGCCAAUCUAGUGGGCGGAUCCAGUAUAAAUAGGAAGCCAUUUUGGAAUGCAUAGUUUGAUUUACUCACUUGGCUGACUUUGUCCCUCCCACCCUCCCUAAGGGGUUUGGGGGUGCAAGGGUUUUUUUACCCGCUUUGUCGCAGUGGCUGGGUUAGUGAGCGAAAGGUUAGGGUGUAAAACAGGCACUUGGUUAAGUACAGGGCAGUUAUUCAGUUGUUUAGGAAGGGGUUAAUACUGUUAAUGUUAAGUUUGGUAGGUUUCGAGCUUGUCGGUAGCUCAGAACCUGGUGGGGUAGGGGUAUCUGGUUAUAUCCCUACCAUGCAUAUUGAAGUAAAAUGGCACCUUAUGUAUUAUGGUUAUGAUGUUGAUUGCUAUUUAUAUUUGUAUGUUUAUUGCAUACAGAUAUGGUCCAUUGCCUUUUAUGAAAGAGGGAUAUGUAAUGUUUUAGGGUGGGGUCUGGGGCAAUGACUUUAUUUAUUCAUGUUCUCAUGUUACAUUAUAAUUUAUAUAAAACUGUGGACAUAUUUAACCAAUAUAACAUCAGUGCUCAUGUUUUAUGGGGUAAGAUAAUAGGAUGGGUCUUUUAUUUCACCAGCCCAUGUAGUGACGAUGCACCUAUCAAGUUACCAACAGCAAGAACCCAUGAUUCUGAGCAAUUUUAGAGCACACUGGGCUUUUACAUGCAUGGCGGUCAAUGCCGUCUGUGAGCUUUAAAGCCAUGAACACUCUGAUAGCAUACACCAUCAUGUAGUCAUUAAGUGGUUAAAUAACUUGAUUAUUGAACCAACUUGAUUAUUGAACCAACUUGAAAGAUCAGUUGAUAAGCCAGGCUUCAUUGAAAAGACCCCAUGAUAGUUUGAAAGCAUGGAAUAGAUAGUUGCUUUCAUAGUCAUUAAGACUAUUAUCAUUAUUACUCACCAAAAGUAUCUUCAAAAGUGUCAGUGCUAUUAUACCCAUAGAGUAAACAGGGAUCACACUCAACCUCAAGCCACAGUCAGUGCAGUCAAACCGGAGGUGGCAAAUUCCACAACAUCAAGUUCAGCAAAUCCAAAUCAAUAUGGGCAAAAAAACCUUAAAAUUAGCAGGUCUAUUAGAGCCAGGAAAAUAAGGACAAUGUUAAAACAACUGCUGUUGAUGUGUGUUAAUGCUAGUAUUGAAGCAUUCUGCUCUUUACAGUGUAUGUGUUUACCACUUCAUUCUUUUCAUAUCAAUAUUCAUAUCUCAAAAUGGGGAGAUACUGCAUUAAUGUGCAAUUCAAUCAAAUGGAUCAUUGCACAGCCUCUUAGCUUGCACUUAACUUAAAGUGAGCUAUAGUGUCUAAAUAUAGGUUCUAAAUAGAUUUCAUAAUGUAGCAAAAAUAAAAAAAAUAUACUUUUAACCAUCAAAAUCCAUUGCUAUUUGCCUGGUUUAUUUUAUUUUAAAUUCAAAAGAAUUCACUUGUAACUGUCACUAUUCAUUUUCAAUUGUAACUGUCACUUGAGAUUGGUACUAGUCCUGCUUUACUGUCAAAUGAAAUACAUACCGAGCUGUAUAUGUGUUUUGGAAGAUUUAUACUAAUCUUGCAUCAACAAUCAGUACUGAUAUAUUUUAAGUGUCACUAGAGACACACUCUGACCCUAAAUGAAAUUUCAGUCUCAAAUCAAUCACUGCCUUUCAGCUAAAACACCCACUAGUUUAAUGCAUGCCUGUAUUAUCUAAACUCAAUCAUGAUGAAGAUGACUUGAAAGAUACAUAAGAUUCAAAUUUCGCACUGACUGGUGGCACACUUUCAUACACUUCCCACUUGUUAAUCUGAUUGUAUUGUUCUCUUUCCACUCUCACCGUCGCUUUGUUAAUGCAAUACAAAUUUUGAUACUAGACUGUUUUGGUAUUAAUAGUAUAAAUAAAAGGUUAACAGGAUAAAAGUAUAAUUGCUUUUCUUUAGCAGGUGUUAUAUAGUUAUGUCUCCAAGCUAUAAAUCCUUCCUCUUAGAAAGUAAGAAUUGUAUUGGUUUGAUAAGGAUAUUUAAAAUCAACAAGCAUCUGUUUGUUAAAGUUUAACUGCCAUACACAGGUGCAUGACUUAUAAGGUCUGUUAGUGUGUCAAGACAUUAUUGGUAUUGUGGCAUUGUGUGGAAGAUGUAUGUUUGCAUAUUAUACUUCAACUAAAAAUAAAACAUACAUUUGGUAGAAAUGCCCCACUUCCAUACCUUCUCUUUAGUUUUAUAUAGGAUUUGCGGGAUUGGAUAGGACAAUAUGAUGAAGUUGUUAAAGUACCUACAAUGUUCCUUGUUACCUUCAAUGUUUAAUUAACAUAGAGUGUGAUGUGUUUGCUUUUGCUUCAGACUUGGCCAUCUAUUUGUAGUUUCCCUCCAAGCCACAAGUAGCCAGCACUCCCCUGCUGUAAUGUGCCACCAUUACAAAUACAGAAUGGUUGGGAACCCUAGUUUUGGGUCACAGAGGGAGUUCUUCAUAUAAGGAUAUUUGAUUUCCAUCUGUUUCCAUCAACAUUUCCUUCUUAGUAAUGUUUAAAAAAAAAAAAAAAAAGAAACAGUAAAAGUGCCAAAAUUACGUAUUAAUAACAUUAUAUUAAUACUUCACAAGUUUAUUUAAUAAAGAAAUGUUAUUUUUAAAAUAUGUUUGUAGAUUGAGAUUAUUAGUUAAUCUUGUGGUCCUUUAUAAAGCAUUCAUGUUGUUCCUGACAUAUACGAACAUAAUUUGUUAUCAGUUACUUCAAUCCCGCACCUGUCCAUCACAACAUUAUUGUAACGAUACCUUACCUUUACCCACGGGACCCGCGCAGUGCGGCAUUCUCCCUUGCUGCUUCUGGGAGGCGGCACAGUCUGUAUGACGCUGGCCACUCACAGCACGCCUCUUCUUAUGAUGCGUCACAUGCGUGCCAACGUCAUCAGAAUAUUGCAGCGGAAAUUCAAAUGUGGCCACACUCCCGAACCUUUUGGGGGCGUGGCUUUAAAGUAAAAGACACCCCACUAUAAAAGGGCGCCCCUGUCAUUUCUUCAGCACCCUAGUGUGGUUCUUGUGUGUUCCCUCUAGUGCUCUUGCGAUUUUUGUCUGUUUUCUGGUAUUUUGACGCUUUCCUUACUGACUCCUCUCCUCUCUGGUUCCCCGAUUAUUGGCUGGGUUAUUUCUCGUGUAUUCCGAUUUCUGUACUCCCUCAACCUCUGGCUAUUCCUUUGACUAUUCCUUGACGUUGAGCCCGGCCACCCUAAGGUCCGUUAUACGUCUCUCUCUGGGUUACUCUCUGCGUGAAAGGGUCACUGUCUUGACAAUUAUUGAAUAAUUUCAAAUAAACCUGAUGACAUUGUUAUUUAAUAAUACAAUUAUAUAUUUUUCAUGUAGAAAAUAUAAAAUCUUUAUUAAAAUAAACAAGUAUUCUCUGAAUUUAAAUUUUUCCAAACUCUGCUACUCUGGUAAUUCUGUAAUUAAGAGACUCUAAAAAAUAGAUGAGGAUGUCAUCAAUGUAAUUUUAACUGUCUUUGCAAAAUAUCACUAUAUAGAAAUGUGUGAUACGAUUAUAUAUGCAGCCAGUGUAGGGUUUUAGAUGUGAAAAUAGAUUAAAGUCUGAAAUAACUUAUGUGUUGGUAAGUAUAAGUAAGUUGAAUAUAUAUAUAUAUAUAUAUAUAUAUAUUUAAAUGUAUUAUAUAGAAGCUUGUUAUUUUGCGGGGAAGUUAUUGAACUUUAAGCAGUUUAAUAUAUAUUUUAUUUUGCUUAAGGUUAGAUAUGCUAUAUAAGCAAACAAUAUUGUAGUGGCAUUACUUGAAUUGGAGUCUAAAUAGGAAAUGUCAUGUCAAACUAAGACCUUGUGGCCUUUUGAUAGACAAUCUAGAUGUAGCUUAAUAAAAAGCUAAUAGGGUCACCCAGCACUUUUAGUUAUGUCAAAAAGAAGGGCAUGCAUAACCUCCCCCAAUCCCAAUGUCUUUCUUUUCUUUCUUUAGAAAGACUUAGGAGACCACUUGUAUAAAAAAAAAAACCUGACAAAGGAAGCCUGGUCAAACUCUAAGUUUAUGUCUGAUAUGUUUGAUUCUGAGGUGUUUUCUUUUCAGAUGUUGAAGUUAGGUUUUCAAUCGACUAUAUUGCGGAAUUUCAUAUAUGAACCAGUCUGUGGUGAGUUGUAAUAUCACUGUUUGUCUUCAUUCACAAAUGUGGAAUGGCAAAAUCUAUUUACAAUAAAAUGAAUGGACACUCAGUAUGCAAAUAAAGAGAACAAAAAAUGUAUAAUGUAUGUUUAAUCAGAUGAACUAAAGAGCCAAGGAAUUCGAGGAACACAAAGGAAGCCCUAUCUUUGUGGUCAGCACUACUGAGACUGGAUUUGCAUUCCUUACAAGUUUGGGCAUGUAUAAUUUAUUGAUCUAAAUGCACAAUGACAUUGAAUUAAAGUCUUUGCUGUGUUUACUAAAUGAAAGUAUAAAUGCUUACAUUUUGUUUACUAGUAAAGACUGUUUCAAAUGUUUCUCUUUUCUUUAAAAGAAAAAUAGGCUCAUAAAUUACUUAACUUAAUUUUGACUCUUUUUAAAUCCACCUACAAAUGCAGUUAAAUGGGGAUGGUCAGUGUCACAAAUGCAAAUUUUUAUAUUUCAUUAGAAUUUAAGUUAUGUUGUUCAAAGGCUUAAUAGUUAGGCCUCAAUCAUAUUUUUUUAUUUCAUAAUUAUAUUUAUGUUAACAGCUGUGAUUGUUCCAGCCCCUAACUUACUCUGCAGUACCAGGUUGCCCACACAGUGUUCUGGCAUCCUUGACUGGGUCCAUGCCCUCCUCUCCUUCUCUGUUUGUUCUUGCGGUGACUGUUAACUCCUUCCAUUCCAGAGGUUAACAGAGGGAUGGGCAGAUAACAGGGACUGGCAGGGAAAGGGUUGCCAGAGGAAUGGGUGGAUAACAGGGACUGGCAGGAAAAGGGUUAACAAGGGGUAGUGAGGUUGGCUAACAGGAGCUGGAGGGUAGGGUUUAACAGUGGGUAGAUAUGUUGGCUGACAGGGGCUGGAGGAAAAGGGGUUAACAGUAGGUAGUGAGGUUGGCUAAUAGUGGCUGGAAAUGAAGGGGAUAACAGUGGGUAGUAAUGUUGGCUUACAAGGGCUGGAGGGUAAGGGGUUAAAAGUGAGUAGAGAGGUUAUGAGUUGUUCUGUCUUGUUAUAUAUAUUUAUAAUAAACAAAUUACACUAUAUGAUACUUAAUAAGGCAAGGAAAUGUUUGUGUGUUUGUGUGUGUGUGUGUGUGUGUGUGUGUGUGUGUUUGUGAUUUGGUAUGUAAGCUCUAGUGUCUCAAUGAUGUAUUUGUAGUGUAACUUAGGUUGAGUACUUCUUGUGCAGACAUUGUGGGCAUAUGUUGAGUGAUGGAAAUUGCAUCAUGAAGCUCCAUUACGCCCACUAAGACCUGUCCUUACUGAUUCUCAAAGAGAAUCACUGGAGCUUGGCCAUUGAUGGACAUUCCAGUUGAAAUAUGGGAAGCAGGGAAAAAGCAAAGGAGGAAAUGACAUGCAAUCACAACGGGAGCAGAAAAGUGACAACAGGUUUACUUUUGGUGAGGUAAUGAUAUGCAUAUUUUUACCUAUACAGUUCCUUUAACCUCUUUAAGACCAGUCACCAAUAAGGUCAGGUAAUAUGCUGCUGAAUCUAUUCAUAUCUAUUAAGGUUAGCUGGUGAUUCAGGUUUUGUGUUUGUGUUACCACCUCUAACCGUGACACUACAUCUUCCCAAUGUUUCAUAUAUUCAAUAGCAAAUAUUGGUUUGGCAAAAAGGGUCCUAGGUUUCACAAUCACUCUAGAUAGGAUUUAUCGACACAGUUAUGGAACCGGUUUUUCCCCAUGAAAUUCAGCCUAAAUGACUUGAUAAGGCACUGACAGCACUGUUUAGCAAACCCCCAAAAUUAUCAAACUUAUCUAUGGCUUUGUGCAUGAGCAAAUUACACACUCCAUAUGCCUUAUCACUGACAAUGUUUAGAAGAAGCAUCAAUAGAUUAAACUUACUGUUUGUUUGUAUAAUUCAAUUACAUGAAAUUCAAUGUACUAUGUCAAUAUAGUUUUGCUAAACUGAUACCACAACCCAGUUGAUAAUAACUGCACAUCUAAAAUAGACUCAUGUAGAUGGGGUUUUUAAUAAUGUAAUCCACAGUUCCCUAUAUCUCAUCAGAUCAGUCUUGAGAUUGAAAUAUGAUUUGACAAAGAAUUGAGGAAUGGUACCAGGAGCAUUCUGUCACCAUAAUCAUUACAGCAGGCUGUAUUACUUGUGCUUAGAUUGUCCCUCAAAUGUCAUUAAAAUAGGUGUUUCCAAUGGUAUUAACAGUUGCAUAAAUGAAAGAAUAACAUUGAGAAAAUAAUAAAACAUGUUUGCUGCUUUCAAAAACUGAUUUGAUGAAAAGAAUACCGAUUAAUAUACAUUUUCCCAAAUCAAAGAUACAGUUUAAAUUAUACUUAAACUUCACUGAUAGGCCAAAUGAAAUAUUCCUUAACAUUAUUCCGAAAUGGGUAGAUUGCUAAAACAAGUGCAUUUUGGUUGCACAACAGUAUGAUGAUCAGCAACCAAUAUUUUCAAAUUUUAUAUAAGAAUGCAUAAUGGAGAAUCUGAGAAGGACGUCUUGGAAAUAUGUUUUUACCUAAAUAGUAGGGUGUGGUGAUUAUAAUUGGAAAACGUGUAUUAUUGACUGACUUGCAUUCUAAAAAAACAUGGCAGAAUAUUGUUAACUAUUCUGUGUGCUAGCUCAAAAAUAUUUACUCAAUAAGUUUAUUUAAAUAAUGUUGCCAAAGAUGACUGAUGCAUACAGUGAUAGCCUCAUAAUACAUUCUAGAACUUCAUAGAUGUGUCUGAUACUUUUCACAUAUUUCCAUUUUACAUGCCAGUGUUACGUUGAUGAUGUGACAGUGUAAGGCAUCUAAUUACACUGCUUUAAGUUGAAAGCUUAAGGUACUAGGAAGAUGGAUGUCAUUGUUCCCCAGUCAGAACAUUUUUUAAUAACCCCAAAGUUCAAACUAGAGAUGCAAUCAUCAAUAUCAACUGUCAUCGUGCUGCAAUCAGUAGCAGCAGUCAGAAGGCAGUAUACAGGAGAACACGCUUAUAUUGCAAUGCUAGAUUUCCAGUGUUUUUUUGUUAUUUUGUAUACAUUGCAUUGCACAAAUACUCAGAGAAAGCACUAAAUAAUUUUUCUAUUUGUGCUAAUCUGUAUGUUUUGAGUUAAAUUUGCCUUGUCAAGGCAAUAUGAUACUAAAUUACACAAUUUUUAUUACAAAACUGUUGUUCUGAGUAGGGCUUUUUAAGACAAUGUUUUUUCUAAUAAUAAAAGUCAAAAAGAGUAAGAAAACUCACCUUCAAAGCAGCAUCAACACCAGUUUGUCCUGUCAGCCCAGUCUGUAUUUAACAUCAUAGAGAAGCAUUGCUGGGCAUAGGGUGCUGAGGAGUGCACCAGCUUUGAGGCAGGCAGGAGAAGGAAGGAUUGAUUGAGGCAUGGAGGGAGGGACAGUGGACAAUGUAUACAUGUAUUGCCAGUAUUCUAUGAUUUCUGGGGCAGAUGAAUUUUAUACACAGAGCUCACAUUAGUCAGCCUGGGAAUAAAGUUCCAGGCUUUUUGGGUCACACCUAGUGGCUUGAUCAAACAGUUCAGCUUAUUUAACCUUAAGCAGAUUAUUAGCCGACUAACAGCAAUUAAUGGUACAAAGGUUUAAGUAAUGGACUUCAGAUUGGAUGCUCCCAAUGUCUUGUCCAGAUGUAAUCUACACUAUGAAAGUGAUUUAAAGGGUAGUAUACAAGCAAGUAAGUAAAUAAAAAGCAACCAAUGAUUUUAAUUUUGCCAUUCAAAUCAUAUGUUGACAAAAAGCAGGACAUCCAAAACAGACAUGGGUCCCUGCCCACCCUCAACACCCCCAUUAACCAGGAGUGACACAAGCAUGUAUCACUUCUAUUUAAUUACCAUAUUGUCAAUUGCUUAUGUUUUAUUUACAUUUUCAUAUAAUAUUUAUAUUGGCAACAAAAAAAUAGGAAUAUAUUUAAUCAUACCCAUGCACUUAUUUUCUGUACCUCUACGUGUGUCUAUGUAUGUAAGUAUAUAUGAAGGAAUGUAGGUAAGUGUAUAUGUUUGUAUGUAAGUCUGCAUAUAUGUGCACUUUUUUCUCUAUAUCUUAGUUAAUGUUAAUUAUAUGCUCAUUGACAGCUACUAUUAAUAAUACUUAACCCAAACAACAUCACAAAGGCGAACAUGAUCAUUCAAAAUUAGCUCAACCUAGCGGUGUUCAUAUUUUAUCAUCUAUAUAUCUAUCCGUCUGUCUGUCUAUCCAUCUACCCGUCUACCCAUCUUCCUAUCUAGCUAUCUAUGUAAUUCUAUAUGGCAGGACCUUGAUUGUUUGAUCAGUAAACUGUUUUUCUGUUGAUUUGAUGUAUUUUAUGGAUCAUUGUCCUGCUGGAAGAACCAAUCAUGGGUAACUGAAAGCUUUAUGGAAUAAACAGUCAGGAAUUCAUUUAAUGUUUGUUGAUAUUUGAUAGAGUCCAUAUUGCCAUAUAUCCCAAGAAAAUGUCCUGAUCCUCUAGCAGAAAAACAGUCCAAAACAUUAAAGAUUCAUCAAAAUAUUUAACCGUGGGUACUUUUACAUAUGGCUACCUUUCUUUGUGUGCUAAACCUACCUCUUGAGGUUUUUUUUGCCAAAUCUAUUGUGGUUUCAGCUGUAAUUCUAUAAUGUGAAAAUAUUAAAAUACUAUGUGAUAUUGUUUUUCUUUCAAACUUAUAAGGAGAAAAGGGCUGUUUUACUCAUAUUUUUUUCCCUUUAGGUGCAAGAUCUUGCCCAUCCCUACUGUAAUUAAAUUUUAUUUACCAAUCUCACUAGUGACAAUGCUAGUCUUAUAUAAGGAGGAAUCUGCAAUUGUCUUAUGAUGAAAUUCUUACAGUAUGUCUUCCUAUAUAAAAUUGAUACAAUCUUCAACUAGUUAUUUGUUAUUAGCGUAUUUCAAAGCUGCUCCAAAAUAAAAAAUUUAGCCUGCCCAAUUGAACAAUUUUGCCAGUCGUAUUACAGUAUAUUCAGUCAAAGACAUAAGACAUGGGUAUUUCUCUUCUGUGAUAUUUUUUGUCUUUGUAGAUACUAGAUAUCUCCUGACUAAACAGCAUUUAUCUUUUCCCCAUGUUAUUCCGUAGUGGUAGGUAAUUGUAGGCCUAUUUGAUGUUACAGAGCCCAUGGAGUUACAGACUUCAUUUCAAACACAAUAAAAGCUGUGUUUACAAUUGGGUAGAAGAUUUGAACUGUGAGCAGGUGCUCAAGAUAUCUCAGAUCAUUUAUUUUUCUUCCUGUGCAUUAAUGUCAUCAAUAUUAUCUGCCCCGUGCAAAAUUUAUCUUGAUAUAUCUUAUUUUCAAAAGGUUUAUUUCAUUGACUUCUAUAAAAAAAAAAAAAAAAUAGAUCUCCGGGAUAUCAUUUUACUUACAGACUGUAUUUGUUUGGAUUAAAUGUAACAAAAGAACCAAAAGUGGUCUUCUAGUAAGAAUAUAUAUGAAUAUAUAUAUAUAUAUAUAUAUAUAUAUAUAUAGAUGUAAAAAACAGAUAAAAUUCUUAUCUUGUAAUACCUUUUUUAUUGGACUAACAGAAUUUUUUAAUGACAAGCUUUCGGGAGAACCUCCCUUUCUCAAGUCUGAAGCAUUUAAUUAUAUAUAUAGUUACUAAUUAUUAAUAUAUAUAUAUAUAUAUAUAUAUAUAUUGUAUAUAUAUAUAUAUAUAUAUAUAUAUAUAUAUAUAUCUAAGUAAUUAUUAACUAAUAUAUACAUAUUAGUAAUGUAGGCUCCAGACUAAAAGGAAAAUUCUUUUUUUGUUUACUAUAAGAAAAUCAAAAGACUGCACUUUAAAUAUUCAUUAAUUUCUGUGUCUUAAUAAACAUCUAAUUAAGCAUAUAAAAAUAUGUAUUUUUUAGAUUUUCUAAUGCAAUUUAUGAGGUUUCCUAAUUUCCUAAUGUAAUGUUUCAUGCAGAGAGGAUAUUUGUCAACUGUUAUACUUUAACAUGUGUUCAUUAUCCUGCAAAAUAUGCAAGGAGCAACAAAUCUUUAGAGUUAUCUCAAAUUACAAAUAUACAAUAAUUGAUGCAACUGUCUUACUAUACUUGGAAUCGAGAAAAGCAUUUGCUAUGAUUGUUUUUUCCACAUUUUUAUGCAAUGCUGCUCUACAAUAAAUAGGUGGAACAUUCAGAAAAUGCUACAAAAGAUAAAAAAAUAAAAAAUAAAGUGGAUGUGAAACCAAAACAUGAAAAAAAUGGUGGAUGUAAUAAUGAUUUUAACCCCUUAAGGACUGAGCCAAAUGUACAUGUUGUGAACAAAACAAAACGUAAACAAAACCUGACAUUUGCGCUAUAUGUCUGUCCAACCAUAAUUCACCUCUUUCAUAUUAAAUGCACCCACCCUUAUUAUAUAUCAUUUCAUUCAAGGGAAACAAGGCUUUCAUUUAAUAACAAAUACUUAGCUAUGAAACAUAAUUUAAUAUGAAAAAAUGGGAGAAAAUAAGAAAUUUUAUUUUUGUAGUUAUACAUGACAUUUUAACUGUCAAUGUCAUAAUACUGUUUGCUUUUACUGCAAUGAAAUACACAUAUUUGUAUUCAGCAAAGUCUCACGUGUAAAACAGUACCCCGUAUGUACAGGGUUUAUGGUGUUUUGGGAAGUUACAGGGUCAAAUAUAGCAUGUUAUAUUUGAAAUUGAAAUUCGCCAGAUUGGUUACGUUGCCUUUGAGACUGUAUAGUAGCCCAGGAAUUAAAUUUACACCCAUAAUGGCAUACCAUUUGCAAUAGCAGACAACCCAAGGUAUUGCAAAUGGGGUAUGUCCAGUCUUUUUUAGUAGCCACUUAGUCACAAACACUGGCCAAAAUUGGUGUUUUUUUACAUUUUUCACACACAAACAAAUACUAACGCCAACUUUGGCCAGUGUUUGUGACUAAGUGGCUACUAAAAAAGACUGGACAUACCCCAUUUGCAAUACCUUGGGUUGUCUACUAUUGCAAAUGGUAUGCCAUCAUUGGGGAAAUUUUUAUUCUUGGGCUACCAUAGGGUCUCAAAGGUAACGUAACCAAUCUGGCGAAUUUUAAUGUGAAAAAAAUGAAACACAAGCCUUAUAUUUGACACUGUAACUUUUGAAAACACCAUAAAACCUGUACACGAGGGUUACUUUUGUACUCAGGAGACUUUGCUGAACACAAAUAUUUGUGUUUCAAAACAGUAAAAAGUAUCACAGCAAUAAUAUCGUCCGUGUAAGUGCUGUUUGUGUGUGAAAAAUGUCAAAAACUUCACUUUUACUGGCGAUAUCAUCGUUGUAAUACAUUUCACUGUUUUGAAACACUAAUAUCUGUGUUCAGCGAAGUUUCCCAAGUAAAAAAGUACCCCCCCAUGCACAGGUUGUAUGGUGUCUUGGAAAGUUAUAGGGUUAAAUAUAGUGCUAGCAAAUUAAAUUCCCUAUACUUUCGGCAUGGGUUGUCAGGCAGGUCCCGCUAAUUGUAAUUAAUUAAAAUACCUAAUUAUGUAAAAAUAUUACAUAAAUAUAUAUGUAGAAUUAAUAUAUGUAUAUAUAUAUAUAUAUAUAUAUAAUUUUUAAAAAAUAUUUUUAUUUAUAUAUAGGUAUAUAUAUAUACGUAUAUAUUUAUGUAUAUAGAUAUAGAUAUAUAUAUAUAUAUAUAUAUAUAUAUAUAUAUAUAAAACAAUACAAAUAGCUUCUGCCCUCACGCUCCAAUGUCCCUUAAUAGCCGGGUGCCAACCAAAAUCAGCUUCAAUAUCCAAAUAAUCCAAAGGUAUGGCUGCACUCACGUAUAAAAGUCCAAAAUUUAUUAGAAAAAAACAAUAAAAUAUCAAGUGAUCAACGUUUCAGUCGCACAAGACUUUCAUCAGGAUCAUAAAAUUUACAAUGACAUCCAUUAUAUACACAUAUAAAAUUGAUCCAAUUAAGCAAAUUGAUUGAUUUAACUAAAUUAAUAAAUAAAUAGGUAAAUAAUUUAUCUACCUAUUUAUUUAUUAAUUUAGUUAAAUCAAUCAAUUUGCUUAAUUGGAUCAAUUUUAUAUGUGUAUAUAAUGGAUGUCAUGUCAUUGUAAAUUUUAUGAUCCUGAUGAAAGUCUUGUGCUACUGAAACGUUGAUCACUUGAUAUUUUAUUGUUUUUUUCUAAUAAAUUUUGGACUUUUAUACGUGAGUGCAGCCAUACCUUUGGAUUAUUUAUAUAUAUAUAUAUAUAUAUAUAUAUAUAUAUAUAUUAUUUCGUUCUACGUGUAUUUUGAUAUAAAUAUAUAUAUAUAUAUAUCAAUACAGUUAGAACGAAAUAACACACAUCUAUAUAUUUUUUAAUUAUUUAUUUUUAAUUUUUUUUUUUUUUACGUAUUUACAUAUUUAUUUUUUUAUAUUAUAUAUAAAUAUAUAUAUAUAUAUAAAAUAAUUAUAUAUAUAUUUAAUCAGUAUCAAUCUACGUGUAAUUUGAUAUUAAUAUAUAUAUAUAUAUAUAUAAAAUUAAAUAUAUAUUAAUAGUAAAACACACCUAGAUAGUGUAUGUGUGUGUAUGUAUAUGUGCAUAUAUAUACUUAGAUCAUAUAUAUAUAUAUUAAAUAUAUAUAUAUAUAUAUAUAUAUAUAUAUAUUUAUAUAUAUGAUCUAAGUAUAUUAUUUUUUUUACACUGAUUUUAAUUUAAUUUUAUUUUAUUUCCAGCAAGAAAGGGGAACUAACUGUCAUUACAGGCAGUCCCCCUGCUGGCAAUGCAGCAGCCAGCUAACCCGGCCAUGUGAUUGUGAGGUCCUCGCAAGGACCUCACUCUCACAUGGCCGUGGGGGCCGGAGGAGGCAGGAUCCGCUGCGGAGGACUCCCUGGGAUCCCAGGGUAAGUAACAAAAAAUCGGAGGGCGUACUAUUACGCCGUGCGGCGUUUAGAGCCACUUAGAAUAGGGCGUAAUAGUACACACUCUGGUUUUAAGAGGUUAAUGUAUGUCAAUAUAUAAUAAAUUGUGUUUGUAAUUGCAGAAAGAUCAUUAACCCACGCGUAUAGGAUGUCAAGAAUACAAAGUUGAUUGCAAUGUCAUCACUGUGAAAUAUUUUGUUUAGCAUAAUCUUUUUGCACAUUUCGAUUUAAAAACAGAAAAUACAUGAACAUAAAGGAUCACUAUUAAGCAAAUUAGCAAAAACAUAAAGCAAGUUGCAAUAAACCAAAAAAUAUAUAAAAAUCCUAAAGUAUCAAGAAAGUAAAAGGGAUGUUGUAAAUUAAAUUUUUAUGUUAUGGUGUUGGAAAUCAGAAACAUUUACUGAAUAAUAUAGUGGUAGCUUGACAUUAUGUCAAGGAUAGUAGGGUUGCAAAUUGAUCCAUGUUCCAAUGAUCCAACACAUUUUUACAAACUUGUGAUGAAUGUGUUAGUGUGUGGUUAAUAUAUCCAUCUGCUUAGCUGAUAUUAUUUCUGUCACUUGUGAUAAGGCUAGUGAAACAGAUCCCUCUCUGAAAUUGCUAUUUUUAUACCAUAUGACCAAUGAGCUUAGCAAGAUAUUAUUGGAUAUAUUCUUAGAACAAAUGAUGUGUAAAUUCAGGAGUAAAUGGAACAUUAAUAUUAAAAUUUUAAAAACUUUCACAAAAAUGUGGUCCCAAAGUACCCUAAUUUUAGGGCAAAUGGAGUAACAUCAUCACUGUAUUAGUUUCACUUCAAAAUUUGCCUACAGAUUUAAUAUAUUAAAAUAAUAUUUUGGCAAAUAAUGUUUACACUCUGAAGACCACUCUUAACUUUGAAUGAGCACUGCAAGAGAUAGCCAUGUGCCUUGGUGCUGAAUAUUUGUUUCCUUGUUCAAGGUUAAGACCAUGUUCCUUCCUACUAUGUGACAUCAAAGCAAUCCCACUCCUGAACUUAAAAUGACAAGGAACAGUGCUGCAGAGACAGAAGUUAUCCGAGCCUUUACCAGCUAAUAAAUCAGCUGUCAGAAACACCAGACUCGAGUAGUGUGGGAGAGACACCUUGUAUUUUAUAGAAAGUAGAUGGGAGCUGGAGACAUCUGUCACAUAUUAUUUGGAUCAUCACAGCAUAGUGAUCACAAUGCCUGUUUUUUUUAUUUUAAAUUAUUUUACUAUUGAAGACAAAAUUGAAAACAAUAACAUUGUUUUUUGUUUUAUUUUUGAGUAUUUUUUUUUAACAUCAACAAAUUAAGCUACACUGGUGAAAUAGUUCUUCUUUCUUGAUAAUUUCAUUUAUUCCUACAUUUCGUUCUCCUAAUAUGUGAUUUAUUGUCAGUCUAUAUCUUAAAAAGAGAAAGUGAACUUUACAUAAUAAUAAUUGUAUGAUUUUAUUGAAAUCAGUUUUUGCUGAAAAUGACAUUAAACUAGACUUGUACAUGGGAGAAAAAUGUGGUUCAUCUCAAUCGAUUUGUGCAGUCAAAAUAAAUUUUGUUCAUGGCAGAACUAUUCAUUUGAAUCUUUUCAUCCAGAAAAAAAAUAGUACAGGUAUUUUGAAAUGUGUUCAAAUGGCAUUUCACUGUGGAUGAACUUUGUCCGUGCAAACUAUUCAGGAAAAUAUUUCAGACAAACCAAAAGAGUGUGAAAAUGGGCAAAUUGUUUACUUCAAAAUAUAAAUAUUCUGUAUAAAUUAUGCAGUACACUGAUAAAUUCAUUUUCACGUCAUUUGGAUCACAGAUCAAGUGAGGAAAAGUAAAUUAUAUAUUUAUUAAAUGUAUAAUAUAUAUCCAGGCUUGGCCUGGCACCCACUUUCCCAUCUGGCACUUGCCUCGGUGCACACUUUAUGCCUUAGAAUAUUUCUCCAGAAAAGUGCUCUCAGAGGACUUCAUUGUGCUAACAAUAAUCUUUAUUGUGUAAUAGUGGCACACAUUCCAGUCAGGAAUGAUAAAAGUUCAUAUAGUACUGCAAUGUUAACCGGAAUGUGUACCACUAUUACACAAUAAAGAUUAUUGUUAGCACCUUUUCUGGAUAAAUACAUAAUACAUAUGGAUUUUUUUACUGCUUCUUUUCUUUUUCCCCUCUAUUGAUUACUUCUAACUUGAUCUGUGAAUUAAAUCAACAAUUUGUGGCUGCCCCUAACUAAAUAUCAUCUUUUUUCCCAUCAUUUUGCUCUGUGAUUCGUCCAUAUGAGUUUGGAAUUUAGAGUCGCUAAAUGCCCAGAAUUGGCUGCAGGAGCAUUGUGUGCUGUGCAUUUUGGCGAGAGUCCUGCUGCAAGAUACUCAUGCAGCCUGUCAGGCCCUGUAGGUCUUUGCGGAUUUGAGCCAUGUUGGCCUGUAUGGCAAGCAGUAAGCCAGCAGUUCUUUCAUGACCACCGUGGUCACUGGGGAUGAGUCUGGCUUUGGGGGAGUCAGGAGAGAGGCCUGUAAGGUGGGUUGGUGUUCCAUCUCUGCACCAGGUGUAAAGUCAUCCGAGAUAUUGCAGCAAUCGUUGGCAGCAAUCAUUUGGACUUAUGGCACUGGGCACUUAUCUCUAGAGAUCGUUAAUGUUCAUGCUCUGCCGUGGCUUAUUGGGUUGGGGUUUUUUCAGCUUUCGAACCAUCUUGCAGACAGCAGCCUGGGGAUCCAUUUAAUACCUUAUAUGUGAUAUUUGGGCUGUGUAAGAGGGGCAAAAGUGGCUGUUUGGUGCAGAGCUCAGUCAACAUCGGCACUUGUAUAAAUGUACCUUGUUACACCCCCAACUACUAAUUAAACAACUAGAACUUUUGCUUCUUGGUAGUUGAACUCGGUGGGGCUAAACUCAAGAGGCAGCAAUUGCUAAGAGCAAGUGCCCUGCAAAGGCUUUUGAUUUGCUGCAAUGGGAAGUCUGUGAUUGGACAGCCACAGAAAGUCUGGGCUAGGGAAAGUAGACAAGAUAGACAAGAUAUUUGCAGCUUUUGCAUGCUGUUUUUAGAUAUAUCCACAAUAAACAAAAAUGAAUAAUUAAAUGCAUACAUAUUUUCAUUGGGGUGUAUCUACUAAAAUGUGAUUUUUAUUUAUUGUAUGUAUUUGGGCAUUAGAGUGCCCCUUUAAGUUUUGACAUGCAAAUGGACACUAUGACAUACUUAUUAAGUACAGGUAAGCCAAGUAUUUUCCAUUCUUUUUCUAUGAGGUUCCUUUGUUGGUCUAUAGUGUUUAAUUCCCACCAAAUAAUAUAUUUGAGCAGCUCCAAGUCAUUGUAAUUCUCAUUGCAAGGUAUUGCAAGGUAAUUUUUUCCAUGUAACCUUGACAGUUGUUACUUUUAUUGCGUGUAAGUUCUCCACAGUUAUUUCUUCUUCAUCAUCCUGGUAGCCUUCACAAAAAUUGAUGUGAGCAACAAUGUUCUCUUUGGACAGCAGUGGCUUCCACUAUGUUUUCUUCUUAUCCAACCCACACUUAUUUAAUUUUAUGGUGGACUUAUGGACAGUGACAAUAACUUAGACCCUUAUCCACCAUUAACUUAUUUUAGUGAUCCCUGAUAUACUUUAUUAUUGCUUUUGGAGUGAUUUCUGUGGAAAAGACUCUUGGGAUGGGAAAACAGUUCAAUGUUGGAUUUUUGGUGUAUACUAUUUGGAUUUGCAUGGAUUGAAUGUGGCCAAAAAUCGAUAGCAAUGAGUUCACAGCCUAUGUGACUGUUCAAAAUAAAUAUAGUUGCUUGUUGCCAUAAAUAUAACAAUGCAUGAGGUUUACAAUUUGCAUUGGAUCUUUAGUUCUUGAAAAAUAUGGGAAUACAUUAAUGUAUAUGGAUUUACUCAAAUAGCUGAAAAAUUUGACCAUAAGUCUAAAUGUAACUCAACAUGACUUAUACGGUGCCAUAAGAAAAAAGUUAAAAAUUAGCAGUAAGGUCAUAAUGUUUGCAUAUGGCAUGUGUUUUGUGUGUAAAAAUCUACAAAUAACAAUGAAAUUAUAAUAAAUGCUGAAAUUCAUAUGCAGAAAAAUAUUUUAUUUUCAUUGUUUUCAGAUACGUUCAAAUAUAAACCAUAACUAAUUUAUUCUCCCAUUGUUUUCUCAUUCAAUAUUAAUAUACUAGAUAUGUCUGGGAAUCACUUCCCACUCCUAGGAUGUUGCUAUCGAACCAACUACAUGUAUCUUCCCUAUGCCAUCGUUCAUCCCAGGAAUGUGAAUUGCAUCACAUAUAAAAUCAGCAAGCAUCAAGGAGAGAAAAUAAGAGAGAACCAUAAAUAAAUAAAUAGAUAGUACAUUGCAUCAAUUUAUUUCUCAUCAGAGGAAAAGUGCUCCACAAAACCGUCGCAGUAGCAUGCAAAGAGAAGAUAAAAAUGAUGGGACAUUCGUAUAAGAUAUGCAUCAAAAUGAAUGCCAUAAGCAUGCAUUCCUUAUCAAUCACUGCUCAUUUUUUGGAUAUAUUAUACAUUAUGUUAGAAGAAUGACUAUAUAAGAGAUUUGAAUCAUUUAUAUUAAUUUCAAUUUCAAUUGCAAUGCUACAUUUACCAAUGUUAAUACUAUAACUACUACUAAAUAUAUUAUUAAAAACAAUUUAAAACAUAAGAUACAUUUAAAAUAUGUGUUACAAAACUGUCUGUAUAUGGAUUACAAUUAUUUUCCCUCCAUUCGUCUGUUUGUUAGAUUUAUUUCCCUGCCUGUACAGUCCCUAUGUGUUCCCCUGUUUAACUACUGAAAGCCGCACGAAGGCGCAACCACUGGGAAGCUGGCCAGUGCCUCCAAUUGAUCUCCCUGCAGCUAGCGUGUGCCGUCAAUUGACCACCCAGUAGCGGUUAAUCGCAGCUUAAUUGACUGUUCCUGGGUGGUCGCGGUUACACCUAGCUGCCACACGAUGGCGGUGUUCUACAGUCUCCAGCACAACCAGCAGUGCUCAGCCCGGACUCAGUGAGCAGAAAGCGGACACUUUCACUCACCAAACACCGCUGAACCUUCAGCCUUCCUUGAUUCCCGCACCAGUUAUUCAACUGAACGCUGGCUUUCUGGACUUUGUAUUAUAUGAAUAAGGGUACCCAGAUAGCAUGCCAUGGAGCCUGUGCGUGUAAUUAAAGACUUUGGCUCCAUGGCAAUUAAACUGUAUUUGUGUGGUCUAAGCACUAUUCUGUAUUAAUGUGCGCUCAGACCUGAGCUAUCUGGGGAUAUGUUACAUGUGUAUAAUUGUUGCAUUAUUGGUCACAUUGCAUAUUUAAUUGCAUUUUUCUGUAUCAUUGUCCCCACGUGUGUAAUGGAGAUUUGCCUCAGUCCUGGGAUUGAGUUACUUCCCAAUUAUCUCCCGGACAGAGAGGGAGGAGUUGUGGUGCAUUGUGGGGAUAUUUUUUAUCUGUGUAACAGGAUUUGCUACAUGUCUGUGCCUUGUCACAGUCUCCCAACUGGUCCCCUAGGGGAGUGUCCACCAGGGAUGAGACCUGCAUAAAUACUGGGCAGGUAGCCCUCAAUAAACCAGAAGCCUGUUUUAUCUUCAAUAUGGAGCUUGGUCUCGUGAUUGGGGGGAUUUACUGUACGCGGUUAGAGACUGAUUGCUGGGAAUGUAAGUCACUUGGAUGCUGUGUCUGCUUGUCUGUUAGCAGCGAUUCGUGGGAUUACCGUUCAGGAGUUUGGAGUGCUACUGGGUAUACUGUUUGGGAGUUUGGAGCAUUCCUCUGGUUCCAGUUCAGGAGUUUGGGGUUCUACAGUAGCUGUGUCUGUACCUCCACAAAAGGGAAGCUCUACUAAAUGGUGGUUUAAUCCCUUUAUGUCGGGAGAACCGUAACAAAAUGUUUUUUUUUUUUAUGUCCUUCUUUUGUCAUUCUUUGCUGUCCCUGGUAUCCUUGUUUUAUCAUUUUGAUAGACAUAUAUAUUCUAUAUAAUUUAUUAACUUAUUUAACCUGAUGAAACUUUGAAUCAUAAUAUUUUUGCUGAGUAAUCAGAACGGACCAUCUGCUUUUGAAUUUGAAGCUGAAUAAGACCCCUAGUAGAAAGAGAGUGCUCUACAAAGCUGUAGCGCUAACAUGCAAAAAGACGAUAACAUGUAGAAGAAACUGCAUGGGUUAAAAUGUAUCCCAUAAGCAUGCAUUCAUUAUCAAUGCUCAUUUUUAGGAUGGAAGAUAUAUUAUGUUAGAAGAAUAACUAUACAAGAGAUGUGAAUCAUUUCAAUUCAUUUCAAUUUAAAUUGCAAUGCUACGUCUAUCAAUUUUAAGUUUAUAAUUCCUACUAAAAAUAAUAUUAUGAAACACAAUAUAAAACAGGAGAUAAAUAUAACAAUUAGACUUAAAGUAGUUUUACAGUUUUUUUUGUCUGUGUUUUUAUCUUUGCAAUCUGGUAUCCUUGUUUUAUGAAUUGGAUAUACUGUUGCAGUAUAUAUAUUCCAUUAAAUGUAUCAAUUCAUUUAACUACGCUGAUGAAAUAAAUGCAGAAUAAUAAUGUUUCUGCUGAGUAAUCAGAUCGGACCAUCUGCUUUUGAAUUGGGAGCUGAAUGAGAAAACUAAUAAAGCAAAUAUAAAGCUGUCAAGGUUUAUAAUAUUCAAACACUAACGUGCGUACAUUGAAACUGUGAAAGGAAAUUGCCUAGGUCUAAGAUUCUUACAUCCUCCUGGAUAGAACAUUGGACUAAUAAUAGUAUGGAAUACUGAAAACCCCAAAACAUAUGGCACAAUAAUUUUAAUUAGCAAUCUAAUUUGACAGUUGUGUGCUUGAGGUUCCAAUUAUACAUACAUAGUUUGACCAUUCAAUAGCAUCCUGACUAGUUGUACGGUAUUUGACCUUUUUAAGAAAACUGAUCAACACAUUGAUUAACCUGAGGGGGCAGGAUGUAAAUUAUAUGUAUUCUAUUCUACAGCAUGUUUUUCACAGUCUUGCACCUCACCAAAUUAAUGACUAAGACAAAUAAGAUCAAAAAACUAAAAAAUCUAGUCACCUAUACGACACAGUAUUUUAACUCAGCUCAUUGCCUAGCACAGAAGUAUUCAACAUGUGGCACUCCAGAUGUUGUGGACCUCAUCUCCCUUGAUGUUUUGCCAGCAUUGUGGCUGUAAGAGCAUUAUGGGAGAUGUAGUCCACAAAAUCUGUAGAACCAAAGGUUGCCUAUUAGUGGCCUAGCAUAUUGCCAAACAUUUCAGCAAAUUUAAAAUAAUCAACCAUAUUAAUUCUAAAUGAAAAUAAAUGAUAAAAAGUGCAACUGGAAAGUAAAGUGCACUGAAGUACUAGAAACACUUAUUAAUGGACAUACAAAAUACUAAAGUUUUUGGCCAUUUUUCAAAACAUCAUGCCCUUAUAUGUUUGGUUUUUUUUGUUAGAUUUUUUCACUUUGUAGGUAUGGUCUCUGUAUCUUAUCCGCAACUUCAUUUUGGCCACAUCUUGUAUAUUCAGUAAUACAGAUUGCUAAAAUUAUUAUAAUAAAAACAAGUUCUUUAUUUAACCAAAUGGUUAUAUUACAAGUAGGAAGAAAAGCACAAUAACUAACAUGUUUUGCAUCUAUUACUGCUUACUCAUGUAAUAUAUGUAUAUAUAUGAAUGAAGUGACAGAGUUAAUAAAAAAAUAGACGUAUUAAAACAAAAGCUUGUGCUCAUACAUGUGUUAACAGAGAGCUCUACAGACAUAAUACCAGGGAUUUCCCCAGCCAAACCUGAUUUCUCAAAGUCAUUAAAAGGCCACCACUUAUGAGACUGGAGAAGAACUCCACUGCUUACAUUAUCCAAUAGCUCUACUGAAAGAGUAGAUUAUAUAAUUAGACAGGAUGUGCCUCAUUUAUCAGGUGGGCAGGUAUCUCUUAAUAACCCUAACAACUAUGUAUGCUUCAAGAUGUUGAGAACAAAGUAAGGUUGCCUUUUGGUUCUUGAUCUUAGUAACUCGGUUAUUUGUUAACACAAUUUAUGUUUACUGGUUGUUUGACAGCCAGCCUAUAAUGUUAGUUCUGUUUUGAAAACUCAACUACUAUUCAAUAUCAAACCAGCAUCACAAUUACCUGAGGACCACUUGGUUGGUGCAAGACAGCUUACUAUAGGCUUUUUACAUGUACUUGAGUAGCUACAUUUUCCCCUUACUUGGCUAUUUGGGAAUAGCACAAGAAUGACCUUCCAGGAAGCAGACAUCUUCAAUAAGUUCUCAGUAAGAUCAGUUCUAAGAUCUGACCCUAGUGGAUAGACCCAUAUGUUUUAAUACUUGCAACUAUUUCAAAAAUGCUUUAACCAUUCUGUUAGUAAAAGAACCCUGUGGCAUAUUUUUUUUCAUCUCUUCAAACAAAUGUAUUUCUAUAAUAAUUUAUUUGCAACUGGUGUACAUGGUAGAACCACUGCAAAUCAAAUGUGGUCACAGGAAAUCUAUUUCUUGGAAAUGUGCAGCUGUUCUUUCAAGUAUCAACUGUAUUCAAAAACUGAGCAAUUCAAUAUUCAAUUCGUUAUGUAGGUUUUGUGAUAAAUUCAGCAAGGUCAGGCUUGUUUUUAAACUUCAGUUCCCUUCAUGUCUUUAGAUUUCACACGUUAACGUGUGUCAGAUGUGUACUCCAGAACAGUUUUCUCUAGGCCAAAGCUUUGUGUUUGUAAAAUGCUUCCCUUGAUUUAACUUUCUUAGAACAUACAAUAACAUUAUUUGCUGCAAUGUUCUCUUUGAUGUUACAGUUUAAGUUACUGCAUUCUGUUUGAUGUAAGGUGAAUUUCUAUCUUUUUACAAUAGUAUAAAUUAUGUAAGGUAAUUUUAAAAGGUAGUAUAUUAUGAGCAUAGCAAACUUGAAAAAAUAAAAAAUCUACUGUAUUACUAGUUACUAAACAUUUGUGAAGAACUGAAUGUGUCGUUUAUAUAUACUUUAUUGAGCUGUAUUGCAAUUACUGAUGUUAAAGAAAGAAAAUAUAAUGGGAGGAUGAGAGAUAAUGUCAAGUUCAGUAACUAAUUAUAUAAAAAUCUGUGUGUCAAAAAUUUACACACACUUUAUGUAUAUAUAUACUGUGUGUAAAUUUAAAGGGACACUAUAGUCACCUGAACAACUUUAGCUUAAUUAAGCAGUUUUGGUGUAUAGAACAUGCCCCUGCAGCCUCACUGCUCAAUCCUCUGCCAUUUAGGAGUAAAAUCCCUUUGUUUAUGAACCCUAGUCACACCCCCCUGCAUGUGACUUGCACAACCUUCCAUAAACACUUCCUGUAAAGAGAGCCCUAUUUAGGCUUUCUUUAUUGCAAGUUCUGUUUAAUUAAGAUUUUCUUAUCACCUGCUAUGUUAAAAGCUUGCUAGACCCUGCAAGAGCCUUCUGUAUGUGAUUAAAGUUCAAGUUAGAGAUUGAGAUACAAUUAUUUAAGGUAAAUUACAUCUGUUUGUAAGUGAAACCAGUUUUUUUUUUAAUUCAGGCUCUGUCAGUCAUAGCCAGGGGAGUUGUGGCUAGGGCUGCAUAAACAGAAACAAAGUGAUUUAACUCCUAAAUGACAGUGAAUUGAGCAGUGAAAUUGCAGGGGAAUGAUCUAUACACUAAAACUGCUUUAUUUAGCAUAGGUGACUAUGGUGUUCCUUUAAGGUCCAUAUAUAUGUACAUGGACCUUUCUGUCUGUCUCUUUAUCUGUCUUAUCUGUCUAUGUCAGCAUAUAUAUUAUAUACAGACACUCCUCACUUACCGACCGGGUUCCGUUCUUACGACCUGAUUGUAAAACAAAUUGGUUGGUAAGUGAGGAUGAACUGCAGAGCAUGCGCCCCAGUGCAGGUCUAUGUUUGGGUAAAUUAUCCAGAACAUAGAUAAGCGCAGCAGAGCAGGGAAUCCAUCAAAUCUAUGUUUGGGGAACAUUCCAGAACAUAGAAUAGAUGGAUUACCUGCUCUGGUGCAUUUUUCUAUGUUCGGAAAAAUUUCACUGAACAUAGAUUAGAGGGAUUUCCUGUUCUGGUGCGCUUGUCUAUGUUCGGAGAUAUUUACUAGACAUACGCAUCAGAGCAGGGGAUCCCUCUAAUCUGUGUUCGGGGAAAUUACCCAAACAUAGACCAGCUCUUUAACGUGGGGAAUCCAUUGAAACCCCAUGCUAAAGAGCUGGUCAUAAGUGCAAGUCGUAGUAAAACAGGUAGGUCAUAAAGUGAGGACCACCUGUAUAUAUAUAUAUAUAUAUAUAGUAUAGAAGUGUAGAUUGGAUUAGCCGUAUUAGUCCAGUAGACAAGAUGCCAAAAUAUCAGAGCACUGCAGUAUGCAAUGAUACCUUUUUUAUUGGACUAAUAUAAUAUUUCAAACAUAAGCUUCCGAGAGAUUUCCUCUCUUCUUCAGGUCUGAAGCAAUAAUGAUCAAUCUGAUAGAGUUUAGAGAAGGGGAGGGAGUGGGAGGUGACCGGGGUGUCAUAAAUAGCAGAAGAUGUGUCUGAAAGUGAAAAGUGCAGGUUGGCUGAGAAUAGCCAGAAAAGUAAAUAAACAGAGGAGAGUCAAUAAGCAAGUUGAAAAUAAACAAAAACAAGAAAACAGCAGAGCAGGGCAUGCAAGUAUAGCUGCAUAUAUGUAUGUAUAUAAAUUGAUCCAAUAAAGGUGAAGCGAGAAUAUUGAAAAAUAACUAAAUAAGACAUGAUCUGUUUAUUUAAAGUUUUGGUAGUGUGAGAGAAAGCCAGAAUCUACAUUAAGUCCUUAAUUUCUGGAGUUGAAAUGUGUGAUCAUUUUCAUCUUAAAUGUCUUUCGUUCAUGAGAGUCUUUGAAAUUCCAUUUAAGAACGUUAAUCCUGACGUUUUGGAUGGACUGAACAGUCUGGGUGAAGUGAUGACCAACAGGGGUACAAUAUCUAUUUUCCUUGUGGUUCUUGAUUGAGUAUCUGUGUAGAUUCAUUCUGAGAUGCAGCUUAAGGCCAGUUUCUCCAAUAUAGCAACCUUUGUCACACACUGUACACUGCAUCAUGUACACCACAUUCGCAGAUGUGCACGAAUAUGAUCCCUUAAGGAUGUGUAAUUUAUUAUUGUGUCUGGCUGUGUUAUUACCACAAAUAUGUUGACAUGGUUUGCAGAGUGAUUUGUUGCAUCAUACAGUGCCAUUCUGUAUGAGCUCCUGUUCUGUGGUCAAUUUGCUACGGACCAAUCUCUGUCUCAGGUUAGGUGGUUGUUUUAAUGCUAGUAUGAGGGGUUUAUGAAAUAUUUAUUUGAGUGUGGGGUUCUCUGAAAUUAAUGGUUGUAGCUCUUUAAUAAUUUUACCUACUCCUUCUAGAGUUGGGUUGAAUGUAACUACUAAAAGGAUUCUUGUUUUGUUUUAAUUUCCUUUCUUUGUAGGAGCCUUUCCCAUUGUGUUUUUAGGGCAGAUUUUAUUUUAUUGAUCUUGUAGAAACUUAUAGACAGAAAACACUUAAACAGUCAUACCUCUCAGUGGUUUUUGGUGGAGGUGGUAUUGGAGGGAAACUCAUAGGAUGCAUGUAUAUUAUAACGCAUACCCUAUGCUAAUCUCUCAACAAAAUAUACUUGUUAUAAUUAGUAACAUGGCAAAGCUUAAACAACAGAAAUUAUAUUGAUCCUGCUACUUGCGUUUAAACAUAUUGGGCAUCUCCUGUAACUUCUAUUCUAACAAAAAGUAUAGCAAAGUUAUAAUGUGACAAUAUCAUCAGGAAAACUACCUGUAAACUAAAAUAAAUAUUUUACAUUGAUUUAUUUGCAAAUAAAAUAUAUCUAUUUAAAUUGAAAUUUCAAGUCUCUAAAUAAUAUUUACAAACAUAAACUUUUAUGUAAAAUCAAUUGUUAACAAUUACACUAUGCUCUUUUGUUCUUUUACGUACAAAUUAAUAAGGUUAUUUUCAGUUUUAGAGUGGAUGUAUGUGAUAUUAUUUUUAUUUUGUAUUUAAUGUUGUAUUGAGCAGUUAAGCAUAAAGUAAAAUAAUAAAUCUAAAGUAAGUGAACAAUGCUGUUUUAGGGCAAGAUAAGGUAAAUUGUUAAUGUGCAGUAUUACAUUUCCUAUAUUUUAAGAAUUAGAAACAAGCUUAGAUGUAGUAAAACCUCUAUAUUUUUUUUAAUUUAUUUAUAAUUAUUAAUUGAACAAUAUAUUUAAGUUGGACAAAUAAUCUACAACAGCAGCAAACCUCUUGGAUCAUUGGCAGGAUAGUAUUAGCAAAGCAGCCUGAAUUCAACACAAAUAUUAUUUUUAUUGUGUAAUAGGGCAUAACAAAGAAAAGUAAAAAAUGUAAAAUGGGUGGGGGGCCACCCUGAUGCAUUUUGUGCAAAAAUAUUUAUUUAAACUUUUAAACAUUUCAUAAAGGUCCUUUUGCAUGAAAUACAGCAGUUUAAUUGUCCAAUCCAGUACUUCCGUAUAAAUAUCUUCAUUGUGACUUGGGUACAAUAAAUGUUUUUUAACUCACAUUUACAUAAGAUCCAUACUACUUUGCUCAUGACUGCCUUCCAGAGGUCUAGAAUGGUCUGACCCAAGCUCCUCAGGUAUAUAUAAUCAAGUUUUAUAGCCAGGUAGUUGACAGCUUACAAACAUAUGAUUUUUGGAAAAAUAAUCUCGUAUUCAGUAUUUGGUUAAUUUGUGUCCAAAUGGUCUAUUUGUUGCCAACUGAUUCUCAACUCACUCCUCGCUCUUAACUCAUAUACACCUUUUGAAUUAAGCAAUUCAAGCUAUUGAAAUAUGCUACUCUUAUUAAUUGUGAAUUUGCUAUUUAUCUAGGUACAAAAAUAAACACUUGAAUAAAUGGUAUGUAUUUCUAAAUAAAACUAUUAAAACCAUAUUUUUUUUAAAGAAAUUGGACUCUUAAAUCUCCACAUAGGUAAUUAACAGAGUCUAUUGCAUUAAAAAUAACUAUUGUAUAGAGGUUAUUCAUCAAAGUGCUAGUCAGGUUUUAGUCAGUAAAAAUGUUCAUGGAGAAAUGUUAUAUCAUUUUCACGACCAGCUAUUUCUUUAUAUAAAGGUACAUUUUCAAUGACACGAUUCAUCCUUUAUCCUUUAACAUCAAUGUGUCAAGGUACUUUACAUGUAUUUAAUGUCUUGAACAUUAUCUUCUCAUUGGGGAAAAGGGAAUCAGAGAAGUUAAUCAACACACAUUUUAGAAUUAGAUAUAAAAAUAUGACUAUGUAUCUAACCUCAAAUUUAUGUGUACUUAAACUUUAAAGACUGUGAAUUAAGUUAUAGAAAGUCACUUUGUAAAACAAAUAUAUAUAUAUAUUUUUAAUCCAUUACUUUUCAUUUCCACAAAAAAAUAAAAAAACACAAUCAUAAUUUUAUGUAUUUUGCAUUUUCCAAGUGUAAAUGCUGAUACAAUUUUAAUAUUAAAUUGCAAUAAUAAAAACAAAAGCUAUAACUUUGUCCCUGCAGUUGAAAAUAUUAUUAGCUGUAAAAAUAACAAACAGUGCAAUAGCUAGCAAUAUUCAAUUUCAUUUUUCAUGCUGAAACAUAAAAUGUAAUAACCUGUCACUUUAAUGUUACAAAUAUCAUUCUCGUUAAAAUUAAUUUUAAUAUUAUCUAAUAUGCCGGGUAAAAAAAGCCUGCACUAGAACAAUAUUUUUAGCUAAACUAUUAAGAUGCUAGGAAGUAACAAAAAUCUAUUUCUAUACCCAACCGAUGAAUCUUGGAGUUUUAUAAAGGUCAGUUGAUACUGUCAGAAGCUUGCUUCUCAGGCUAAAAUAAACAUGUUGCUUUGAGAAAACAUUAUUGGAACAAGACAACAUGCAUGUGUAAUGCUUCAGGGAAGAGCGUAUAUGUCUUACAUAGAACAGUUGGGAAUGGGCUUGUGAUAAAGAAGGCUAAAAGUCAUUCUGGAUAUAUGGCUUUAAGGCAUCUCUUAUGCAGUAGUUCAAAUAUAAAAGCUGUUAUGAGGAACCUUUACUAAGUGUUAUUAUUGUCCGGGUAUUAUAAUUAGGUUUCUGUAACAAGCAAACAUGGUGUCAUUUCUCUCACUGAAAGUAAGUGAAUAUAUGAAAUUAUCUAUGAGAUUUUAUCUAUCAUGUGAUCAGUGCCAUAAUUGAAAUCUUGUAUUAAAUUUAAUAAGUGCACAUACAAGAAUCACAUUGUAUUAUUCACGUAGACUCACUGUCCUAUUGCCUAGGUACCAGCGAUUUAUAAAGAGGCAAAAUUAUAUUUUCAUCCCGAGAAUUUAUGCCCCUAUUUAUACAUGACAAAAUCUUACUGGCCUUAGCAACUGCAGAUUGACAUUGCAUAUUGCUGCCUAAUUUGUUGUCUAUAACAAUUCCCAAAAGCUUCUCGUGUGUGGUUAUCCCUAAUUCACUACCAUUUAGUGUGUAAGUUGCUUAUGCAUUCUUAACCCUGAAGUGCAUAACUUUGCAUUUCUCUAUGUUAAAUUUCAUCUGCCAUUUAUAUACAUACUCAAGAAAGUAAAAGCCUUUCAUGAAAAAAUUAUAUUAAAAUAAAGAUUGUAAAAAACAAAAAAAGAACAUGUAUUCCAAAUUGUCCUGCAAAAUAAUUUAAAAUGAAAGUAGUUUAAGAAACUCCUAAUCCUAAUCUGUCUGUCUGUCUAUUUAUCUAUCUAUCUGUCUAUCAUCGAUCUAUCCAUCCAUGUGUAUGUUUGACUUUCUGUCCUUCUACCUGUCCAAACAUCCAUCUUUAUAUGAUUUAAAAUCCCUUUAAUCAUACACAUUGAGAGAAAUAGGCAAUGUUAGCCAUUACUCUCCAAAUGCACACCAAGUACAGAGAUAUUCUUCUUCUUUUUAAUUAAAUAUGUUGCUUGAAACCUUGCAAAAAUAAUGGAAAAUUAUAAUCUAAAAUCCCAGACUGGAAAAGUACUACAGUUAUUUUUUUUACAUAUUGCAGUUAUUGAAAGCUAUCUUAUGCAUACAUCAUAUUCCACAUUUAAAAUAUAUAAAAGUUAGAAAUACAUAUACAUGUUUGUCGAAUUCAUAGACAUAUGUUUACAUAAAAUGGCAUUUAAAGCAUACAUUUUUAAAUAGCAUAAAAGUGUAUCAUUUUUAAUUGAACAGAUAUUUAAAAUUAGAUGAACUAUAUUCUACGCUCAAAAUCGAUCAUUGCAUAACCUUUCUAAGCAUGGUAUGUGCCAUGUGGCAUGUAAGAUUAUAUUAUAUUAAUGAUAUAACAUACUCUUUCAUUUCAUUUAAGAUCCCCAGAUAGUAUCAGGAGUGUAAAAAAUGUAGGUCACCAGUUGGAUAACAAUACUCUGCAGCAUGAGUUUCCAACAAUGUCCUUCUAGUGUUUUUGGAAUAUAAUCCCCAAUUACCAUAUACAUCCCCAUUAGAGCUAUGGUAAUGUUAAAUUAACAACAGUUGGAAGAUGCAAGUCUACUCUACAGUUAAACAAAUACAGCAAAAAGAAAAUCCCUUUUUUUAUUAUUCCUGUUUAGAAUCAAUAAUUGUAAUGAAAGCAGCUAUUAUUAUUGUGACUGUAACCCUUAUGACUGAAUUGAAAAUAGUAGCUUUUUUAUCAGUUUGUAAACAAUGUGCAUAGCUGUACAUUCACAAUGUUCACCAGAGUUUGCAUUAACCAUUGACAUUGGUAGGUUUGUUGCAAAACAGACAUAUUAAGGGGUAUUUCCGCUGCUCCAUUUUUAGUUUAGAAUAGCCAGUCUGGAUAAACAUCUCCAGUCAAGCCAACCUGGACAUGCAUAUCCAUAUAUGUUUGCUUUGCAUUUUCUUUUGUUUUAGCAAUUACAGAGGAACAACAUGUCAAUAUUAAAAUUGAAUUGUGUAAGUGUCUUACCUUCAUAAAAUAUUUUGAAGCCAUGAGCACUAACAGCAAAAUCACUUGUCAAACGCAAUGAAAAUACAGGUCCUGUACUCAUUACGGGAGUAGGAAGAUGAAAUCCUGUUAACCUGAAACACAACAAAAAAAUAUCCAUAUUUACUAUAUGUAUGCAUGUCAUCAACAAAAAAUUGCUCGAUCUUCCAGUUCUUAAACAUUUAAACCUUUCAAUGUAAUAAAAAAAAGUAGAAUCACAAAUAAUUUCAGGUUUGCACAUGAUUUCUAUUAUGUAUAUUAUUUUCUAAUCUUGUUUGUAAUGUAUAUUUUAAUGUUUACAUUUAAAAAGCUCUUUUAAACAAUUUUAAAUUUGUUAUUGCAAACAUCCUAACAGACCUAAUAUCUCAAACCAGUGAAACUGCUGAACACAGCAGAUGCAAUUUAUCAUUUUUUUUUCCAGUCCAUUUAUCAUGCUUUAAUUAUUUGUUCCCUCCUUUAAGUUUAUUUACAGACUAUUUAUCAAACAUUAAGCCAAUUGCUUGAUUAGUGCAAUUUGAGAUAGCAUAAAAAACGAGAUAAAUUGCAAAGUUAAACAAUACAAUUCAAUUGAUACCAAGACCUCAACAUUAAUCACAAUAUUUAAGAUCAAUACAAUAGAAUCCCAUUUCUAAAUGCAUUGUUUGUAAAAGAAAAAGUUCAUGCUAUAGACUGGUAUAUAUGCACAUUCUUUCAACUUGGUUUAUAGUGUACAACAGAGUUUCAAAACCAAUAUUUAAACUUAUAUAUGUACAGUACCGGAGCUUCCUUUAUGCUAAUCAGGCAGCUGCCUAGUGCAUUUUUUAAGGGGGGUGUGCCAACAGCGGCAACCUAGAUAUAAUAUAUUUGAAGGCUUGGCCUGUAGUUGUGGGAGGGGCUUGAAUCCCCUUUAAAAGGGCUGCCAAUCAACUCUCACCUUACCGUUGCUGGUCCGGCGAGUCUGAAACGUUUACUUCCGGUUCAGCUCCAACACCGGGCUUAACCGUAAGUCUGACCCCGCCGUAAAGCAACAGCUGCAACAUUGCUACCUUUCACGGCGGGGCUCCGUUCGUUUAAACCUAGUGUUCGGUUUUCUUUCAUGUAUUGCAAAAUGCUCAAGCUGUUUGGAUAAUUCCAGCACCAUAUCCACCUAUGCAUUGCAUGUUCACUUAGUUUAUUUAUACGAACGCGACCGUUUGUUCACUUUCUACUGUAUUAGCACUUAGAGGACGCAUUCAUUCGUAUGAUACAGCUGUUCAUGCAUUUCUUCUCCUAUCGGUAAUUACGGGCAAAUUCACGAUAUAGGCACGAAUUUCACCUAAUUCGUUAUUAUACUUCCGCCCCUGCUGCUAACAAAUGAUACUACAGUCCUUAAAAAAUUCAUUUAAAAUAUAAUUGAUGAAAUCUGAAUGUUAGAAACUAAUAUUCCUGACCUUUUUCCACAGGAAAAAAAAUUACGGAUUCAAAACUUGUGAUGUCAAAUUGUGUUUUCUAGGUUGGUGAAAGUUUUGAUUAUUAUAAAUUAUGCUUUUAGACGAGUUAUACGUGUUAAAUUAGUAAGCAUGUAAAUUAUUCUUCUAGGUUCCUGAAUUUCAUACUGUAGCUUUUUACAAGCACAAGGAAAACCAUCAUCAUCCUCUGUUUAAUUACUACCCCCUGCAUAGUAUCUGGUAGGUUCUUUUUGAUUUCGGGCCCACGAUCUGGCCAGCUAAUAUCACAGGCACAGAUGAUUAUAUAUUAAUUUUCAUGUCCAUAGGUUGCAUCACGAUACUAUUACAACCGCUAUUUAUCUCGACAUUGACAGCUCGUCCUGACUCACAUAUCAGGUACUCUGCCAGAACCCAGUACUUUUCUAGUUUUAGAGUGGUACUGGUCUAGGUUAUGUAGCCCAAAUAGGAAUAAUCUUCUGGUCUUAAUCCAUAGGCUAGUGGUCCCACGAGGCCAACACCCUCAUCCUCAUACUCAGAGGUAUACGUCCCUCGGGCCAAAUCAUAGCUAGCCACCUCGCACGGUCGCAUAGAGAGGGCCUCACCUGUUACUCCCAUUCUAUCUUAUGCUUUAAUUGCCACCAAGAGGCCAACACCCCGCCAAAACGUUCGGUGGCCUCAUACUUCCCCCUCAGGCCCACGCAUAGAUAGUGCCUCUCAGGCCACUUGGCAAUUAGCAGGGACUCAUCUGUCACUAUCACAAAGUAUAAUUGUUUCACUGCUUGGUAUCUAGCUAGCCUCACCAGUACCCACCCAAUUCAUUACAGAAUGAUUGAUUAAGCUACUUUAUAUUUUUCAGUUGUGUCACAAACUCCUGAUAUCUCUGAGGAACUUUCGUUACCCAGCACGCCCGCUAGGCCUGGUACCCCUGCUCCUGUAACGGAUGUUAAUAGUCCUUCGUCCCUAAGAUCAUGGACCAUGCCACGUCUUACUGCAGAACUAAGAAGAUGCUGCAUCUACUGCUAGGAAAGCGGAGUUGUUCAGAUUACUAAACACUACUACUGACAACUCUGAUGCAGGGGAAGGCCCUAGUGGGACUCAGUUGCCAGCUUUUCACACUAUGAUGACUUCACUUAUGUCAUCCAUCAGCACAAUAAGUGAUAGACUGGAUAAAUUGGAAUCAGGUGGUGCCAAUCAGACCACUGCAAAUCCAGCAGUAACCAGUCACCCACUUGCUGAUAUUGUGCCCGGUAAUACCUUGGAAUCGAUUUCAGUUACUGAAUCAAUUAACCCCUCGCAUAUGGUCCCAUUUCACCUUAAAAAGGACAUUCUGGAGGGCAAGGAUGUAAACCUGGUUUCAUUGCUCAUUGCCUCCCAGGAUGCUAGAGAACAGGACCUUUGCAUACGGGGAUAUCUCAGUGGUUCUAAGAGCAAGAGACCCCAGGCUGAACAAGAAAUUGUCCAUCCUUGAAUUUGUGCUGGGUUUUGGAAUUUAUAGAGAUGUCUACUGCUCAGUUUAACCGCCUAAAAGAGCAGAGUUGGAUGCAUACAUGCACAAGAUGGUGGAUCUGGGGCACAAAUACCGUGGUACCGCUUUUUACGAUUACCACCGUUCCUCUUCUGUAAAGGUGGCUGCGGCUCUGACUCAUAAAUUGGAGCAAAUUGGACACUGAGUUAUUCUGCAGGCACUUUGCAGGCCUCAGGCCCCCAUCUUGUGCAGUGUGUGCAUCUACCACACAUAGCACCAAUUUCUGCCCAAAUACAGCAAAAAUUGAACAAGGCCAAACUCCAUCUAAUUUCCAAAGACCUACUAGAGGCCUAAAAGACACACUGGGUAGAAAUAUUGUAUUUCUAGGCAAAUUCCAGAUUUGUAACAAUUUUAAUGUGGGCAAUUGUGGUUUCAGCUCUUGCAGGUUGAUGUAUGUAUGUUUCCACUGUUUCAGGGCCCAUUCUAAGACAAUGUGUCCAAAUAAAGCUUUUCCCAAACCGUAUCACACGUGUGAACCUCACAUUAUUGACUACACUGUUACGACAACACCCAUCACACCAUUUCGUUGACUACCUUAUCACGGGACUGACUGAGGGAUUUCAUACUGGGUUGAUACAUUUACCUACCAGUACACUGGAAUGCGACAACCUACAAUUCACAUUAGAUGAUCCGCAGUUGGUACACACACUUAUUAUGACCGAGGUGACACAAGGGUUUUUGCUGGGCCCAUUCUUUUCCCCACCUUUCACAUCUUGGAGAACCAACCCCAUAGGGGUUGUCACGGGGAAGACUUCACUCAAACCUAGACUGAUUAUUGAUUUGUCUGCACCACAUUCCUCCACUGUCCCGAUGUCAAGGAUCUUACCUGGAGUGGGAGUCCGGCACGCAGAGUUAAAGCACCCUUUGCAAUUCGACACAGGCCAAGGGGACUCAGGACAGAAAUCCCCAAGGUUGUGACACAGUGCACUGGGGCUGAAAUAACCAGUGCUUCCUGGAACGCAGUACAGACAAAGGAUAUCCAGAAGAGUAGUCAGUAUCAGAAUCAGAAGUCAGGACAGGCGGCAAUCAGGCAAAAACGGUAGACGAGCAGGGGAUCAAAACCAGGAGUCAGAAGAAUAGCAGUGAAACCAAACAUGAACAGGAAACACGAUCUGACAACGAGAACCAGCCUUGCGGGGUUUAAAUAGGGAGUCUCAGCCAAUCAUCAAGGAACCAGGAACAGGUGUGCACAUUCCAGGCGUACAGGCUCAGACUACAGGAUACCAAGAACAACCAGAAACAGUCAAAGAUGCGUGGAGCUCAAUGCAAGGAUACCGACUGGGAUGCAGGAAACUCAGGUUUGAUCCCAGCCAGACCCAAAUACACAAUAUUGUGUAAAGCACAAUGGUGAUCCUGACAUUACCCCCCCUUCAAAGACGCCGUAGGCGAGAAGAGGAACGCAACUUACGACCCAGGAGGUUACUUUUUGGAUUUCUUGGCUUUGGUGGUACUAGUAGGAGCAGAGGUCAUAGCUUGUAGGGCCUUUUCAAAUACUUGCAAGUCCUCCUUCCGGACUAGAGUCCCAUUAGAGGCAUAGGUACAGCCAGAAAGAGGGUCUUCCUUGACAGGACUUGUAGUGGUUGUGGUGCUUGCCUUCUUAGAAGCAGAAUCUUUAGUAGAAAUAGAGAACUCAGGUUCUUUAGUAACAGAUUCCUGCACAACCCCAGGAGCAACGACUGUAGAAGGCUGAGGAUUGGACAGAGUGGUCAAGCAAGGACAGGCAGCAUGUUGGCAGACAGGUCUCAUAGGAUAUGCCAGAGUAGUACCCAGACGGAGAACCCGAGGCCUAGAUGGACGAAUGGGACAAAAAGAUAUUAAAUGUCCCAUCUCCCCACAAUAAUAACACAGUCCAUGCGCCAUCCUUCUUGCCCUUUCUUGAGAUGACUGACGGAACCUAACCAGUCCAAUCUCCAUGGGUUCCUCCGCCUCCCUGCCAGAUGUAUACGAUGUUUCGGGAGACUUGGGAGCGGUAGGGUUAGCUUUAACAUCAGUCCGAGUGAAAGGAGUAGUGUAGUCCAUUUCCAGUCCGGGUUGCAAUAUGUGUGAAGCAACAGUAGGUGAUCUAUGUACAUAUGACUUUUGUGUCUUGUUGACUUGUAAACCCAGGGACCGAAUAAAGGACUCCCAGGAAUCUAGGACUGGGCUUUUGGCGAGUAACAACUGGUGGGCCCAGAUCUUAAGGUGCCCCGACAAUAAGGUAAUCGCUGUCCUCACUUUAAUGACGUCUGUGGCAUAGGUAAGUGGUCUCAGGGAGAACAGGACCUCGCAAUCAACUUUGAAGGUAUCAUACUUAGACCGGAUCCCAGAAAAUUUCUCGGGUAGAGCAACCAGCGGUUCAGAGAGUCCAGAGUCAUAGGUUACUCUCCCUUUAAGGGAAGCCAGCUCCUGCUGUAAGCCCUGCAAAGCCUGGGUGAGCUGGGAAACUUGCUGGGUCAAGGCUGCAACGGUAAUCUUCAACUCUGCAGACUCCAUUUGGUCAGAUCGUACUGUCAAGGAUCUUACCUGGAGUGGGAGUCCGGCACGCAGAGUUAAAGCACCCUUUGCAAUUCGACACAGGCCAAGGGGACUCAGGACAGAAAUCCCCAAGGUUGUGACACAGUGCACUGGGGCUGAAAUAACCAGUGCUUCCUGGAACGCAGUACAGACAAAGGAUAUCCAGAAGAGUAGUCAGUAUCAGAAUCAGAAGUCAGGACAGGCGGCAAUCAGGCAAAAACGGUAGACGAGCAGGGGAUCAAAACCAGGAGUCAGAAGAAUAGCAGUGAAACCAAACAUGAACAGGAAACACGAUCUGACAACGAGAACCAGCCUUGUGGGGUUUAAAUAGGGAGUCUCAGCCAAUCAUCAAGGAACCAGGAACAGGUGUGCACAUUCCAGGCGUACAGGCUCAGACUACAGGAUACCAAGAACAACCAGAAACAGUCAAAGAUGCGUGGAGCUCAAUGCAAGGAUACCGACUGGGAUGCAGGAAACUCAGGUUUGAUCCCAGCCAGACCCAAAUACACAAUAUUGUGUAAAGCACAAUGGUGAUCCUGACACCCGAGCCUUAAUUCACUCAUACCUUCCGAAGAAUUUUCACUACACUACGCCACUAUUGAUCAUGCCAUAUGGGCUAUUCUUAAAGCUGGCGCAUGGGCAUGGCUAAGUAAAACUGACGUGGUAAAUGCCUUCAAAUUACUGCCCAUGCACCCUUCCCUAUGGCAUCUACACGGUAUUAAAUGGCAGGGGUUGUAUUAUUUCUUCACCCGUCACUUUUGUCUCCAAAAGCAGCCCACAAAUUUUUGACACGUUUGCAGAAGCUUUGUGUUGGUUAUUACUUAAUGUGUGUAAAUGUCCUUCGGUUAUUCAUUAACUGGAUGAUUUCCUCAUGAUUGAGAACAACACACUCCCUCCAAGUAGUUUGAAACACAUGUUGUCUUUGUUUGAAUCCCUCACUAUCCCAGUCUCCCCUCACAAGACUUUGGGUCUGGACACUAGCAUGCAAUUUAUGAGGAUCCAACUAGACAUGAUACACAUGCAGGCUAGCCUCCCUCAGUACAAAAUGAAGCGUACCCUGGCAAGUAUUGAACAUUACCUACUUCAAGGUCAUUGCAACUGGAAGGAACUGCAAUCACUGCUGGGGUCACUCAAUUUUGCCAUGAGGAUCAUACCACAAGGUAGAUCCUUUAUUUCCCACCUACUAUCUCUAUUUCCACAAUUCACCUUAGACACUUCACGCAUCACAUUAGAUUGCCACGCAACCUCUGAUUUACACAUGUGUUUUUUUUUUCUUACCUCUUGGAACGGGUGAGCCAUGUUUAUACCACCCCCCUCUGACACUUCAACUACACUGUGGACAGAUGCCGCAGCAAAUACGGGCUUUGCGGCCAUCUGAGGAGAUCAAUGGCUUUGGGGACAAUGGCCGACCGAGGUCGAAUAACUGCCAAAAUUCUCUGAUACCUCAGCUUUAUUUGAGUUGUGCCCAAUCAUGGCGGCGGCCAUUGCCUGGGGACCACAUUGGUCCAGUCACACGGUUUGGUGUUACUCGGAUAAUAUGGCUACAUGCCAUAUUGUCAAUAAAGGCCAGUCGGCAUCCCUGGUAAUCAUGAGACUGCUAAGACGACUCACAUGGGUACUCUGUUCCUGUGUGUCCAACUUGUCUGGUUACAACUACAUGUCUGUUCGUCCACCCAUUGUAAAGCGCUGCGGAAUUUGACGGCGCUCUAUAAAUAUCAUAAUAAUAAUAAUAUAUAUAUGAUGUGUGCAUAUAUAUGUAUGUAUAUAUAUAUACACACACACACACACACACGUAUUAUAUAUAUAUAUAUAUAUAUAUAAUAUAAAUUGAAAAACUUUUUUUAAUAAAAAUGCUAACUUUGGCCAGCAUUUGUGACUAAGUGGCUACUACAAAAGACUGGAAAUACCCAGUUUGGAAUGCCCUGGGUUAUCUACAUUUUUAUGUAUAUUGACCCUGUAACUUUCUAAAACACCAUAAAUCCUGUACAUGUGGGGUAUUGUCAUACUCGGGAGACUUCGCUGAACACAAAUAGGAGUGUUUACAACAGUAAAACUUGUCACAACGAUGAAAUCACCAGUAAAAGUGCAGUUUUUGUGUAAAAAAAUUUAAAAAACUAAUAAAAAUGCUAACUUUGGCCAGGGUUUGUGACUACGUGGCUACUACAAAAAAAUGGAAAUACCCUAUUUGGAAUACCCUGGGUUGUCUACAUUUGAAAAUGGUAUGCCAUGAUGGGGUUAUUUCACAUUCCUGGGCUACCAUAUGUUCUCAAAAGGCAACACAGACCCAGCAAACCAAUCUGGCAAACUGAAUUAGGCAAGCCCUAUAUUGACCCUGUACCUUUUUAAACCACCAUAAAAUAUGUACAUGGGGAGUAUUGUUAUACUCGGGAGACUUCGCUGAACACAAAUAUGAAUGUUUACAACAGAAAAACAUAUCACGACGAUGAAAUCACCAAUAAAAGUGCAGUUUUUGUUUUUAAAAAAAUGCAGAAAACAAAUAUGAACGCUUACUUUGGCAAGCGUUUGUGGCUACUACAAAAGACUGGACAUACCCCAUUUUGAAUACCAUGGGUUAUCUUCUUUUACAAAUGGUAUGCCAUUAUGUGGUUAAUUUUCAUUCCUGGGCUGUUAUAUGGUCUCAAAGGCAACAUAGGCCCAGCAAACCAAUCUGGCAAAUUUCAAUGUGCAAACAUUGAAAAGGGGAAAGCCCUACAUUUGACCGCUGUGAGUUUACAAAAACACAUAAAACCUGUACAUGGGCACUGUUGUACUCAGGAGAUGUUGAUGAACACAUAUUGGGGUGUUCUUUGUCAGUAACACAUAACAGGAACUGAGAAUCCAUGCCUAAAGUACAAUGUGAGAGAAAAAUAACACAUAAAAAUGAAUACCCAAAAUUUUGACAAAGUCUGGUUGUAGAAUUAGUGCAUGAUAAGUGUUAAAAGUCACCACUUGAAAUAACCUAGUGUGUCUACUUUUCAAAAAUAUAUGGUUUGAUGGAGGUAAAUUACAUUGACCAACUUAAAAAAUGUCCCAAAUAGGACAUGGGUGCAUGAUGACCAGCAGUGAAAAUUCCAAGUUGGAAAACUGGAAGGCACACCCUCCAAACAAGGUCUUUUAGUCCACAGAGAACAUGGGGGGUAUCACUGUACUCAGGAGAUGUUGCUGAACACAUAUUGGGGUGUUCUUUGGCAGUAAUUCUCAGUUCUCAGUACAUGUAUUCUUAAAUUGCUAUGUGUGUCAAAAAAAAAUCACCAAUUAUUAUUUUUUUUUUUAAAUUUGGCAUAGAUUGGUGGUAAAAUGGUUUCAUGAAAAGAGUCAAAAUACCCCAAGUUUUAUAACGUAGGUUGUCUUCUUUUAAAAAAAAUAUAUACAUGUGAAGGGUUAUCCAGGGAUUCCUGACAGAUAUCAGUGUUACUUUUGUUGAUUUUGAAAAAAAAAAUGGUUUGGAAAUAGCAAAGUGCUACUUGUACUUAUUGCCCUAUAACUUACAAAAAAAGCUAAGAACAUGUUAACAUUAUUAUGGGUAUUUUUAAACUCAGGACAAAAUUUAGAAACUAUUUAGCAUGGGUGUUUUUGGCGGUUGUAGAUGCAUUACAGGUUUUGGGGGUCAAACUUAGAAAAAGUGUUUUUUUUUUUUCAUCAAGUUUUAUAAACAAAAUUUUAUAGUAAAUUAUAUGAUAUGAUGAAAAUAAUGGUAUCUUUAGAAAGACCAUUUAAUGGCAAACAGCUGUAUACAAUAUGUGUGGGUACAAUAAAGGAGUAAGAGGAAAAUUACAGCUAAACACAAACACCACAGAAAUGUAAAAACAGAGAGGCGGGGCCAACCGAGCUGCUGAAUGGCCGCGAUCUGAAUUAGCUCCGGCCACGCCAGACACAAUCCGACCUAAUCGGGCCGCACAAAACAGAGAUGGGUCACCCUAAACGAGCCACAUCGUCCCAACAAGCCCCCAGCAAAACCCCGUCGGGGAAAUCGGGAGCGCUUACCAAAUAUUUCCGCGACCGGGCGGACAGUAACACCGGCCUGCUAGGCCCCAACAUGGCGGCUGACUCCCCGCCUUUAUGCAUGUCUCCCUCCAGCCCGGCGGACUCAUACAACUCGGGCCCCCCAACAGAAGGGGACCUGAAGGAGAUCCUGAGGAACUUACCCUCCAAGCAGGAUAUUGCAGGUAUGCUGACCCGGCUGGAAGCCUCAGUCCAGGCCAAGAUGGACUCCUUUAGUUCAGAGAUCCGCCAGGUCUCUGACCGGGUGGUCAUUCUAGAAGAUGACAGGGACGCCAUACAAACACAAUUGAGCUCCCUACAGGCAACAGUGGAACACCAAAAUGCUUACCUAUCCACGCUCCAUAGGUCUAUAGAUGAUCUGGACAAUAGGGGGCGCCGCAACAACUUGCGGAUUCGGGGUCUCCCAGAAUGUGAGCAGGAAGAUAUUUAUGCAACCCUAAAUGAACUCUUCAACCUUAUAUUAGGAAAACCAGGAGACAGCCAUAUUCUCCUAGACAGAGCACACAGAGCGUUGAAACCCAGAGGUAUAGCGACAGACAAACCCAGAGACGUCAUCUGCAGACUCCACUACCACACCUGCAGAGAAGACAUACUGAACACGCUGAAACAAAAUUCACAACCCCUUCUGUUCCACGAAGCUCCAAUCACAAUCUAUCCAGAUCUCUCCUGGCUGACACUACAAGCGAGAAGGAUUUUGCGCCCCAUUACGGAUCAACUGAGAGCUAGAAAUAUAAGAUACAGGUGGGGAUAUCCACUUGCGCUGAGCAUCACGCACAAAGGCGCCCAGCACACCAUCCACUCCCAUGCAGACAUUCCUCUCUUUAUCCAAACUCUCAAUUUAAUAGAUCCGCACAUCCAAGAUUGGUAUGGACCACUGCAAACACCAUUACUCCCUCAGCUGCCACAGAGACCCAGAUGGCAACUAACACCCAAGAAAAAGAAAAUGGACAACCGAGACCCGAUGCAACAGUGAUUGGAUUCUAGCCCGGAGCAAACGGCAUGAACCGCUGUCGGCCCAGGUCCUGGGACCAGCAACCUACAAUCCUCUUGAAACCUCAAAGACACCAUCUACUAACUGAAACCUGCCUCAGACGACCGCACAAUACUGGCCGAAACAGACUUUCUCGUUACACUGCUAGGCUGUAGAAGAGCACGCUUCCUCCCAGCCUCCUGCACACCUCCCGUGAUUCAGGUGACUGUAUUCACUGUCCGCUGCUUAUAUAUCGCAAUAACGCGCUCACUACAGCAGGAAGCAACAAUUCCUCACUUACUAUCCCCUAUUAGACUUAUCCAGCCUAAUAUCUCCCGCUAAUGAACCCUUUAUACACAACACCACGCCAAGUAACCUUAUAUAACGGCUUGCAGUGAUAACCACCUCCAAUGAAGACAUGGUUACAGGCCAGACAGCAAGGUUUCUCUAGCACUAAUUAACCCCCCAAUCUGCGGACCAGGUAACCGGGUUGGCAGAGGACAGCCGUGGCACGGUAAACGAAUUCCACCUAUUGGCCCACUACACAGGUUAAGAACAACCGUCAACUAAAAUAUAAAAAAAAAAAAAAGCUCAUAGACAUUGGCACAGUUUAAUAUGUUUAAAUCCUAUUACUGAUACACAUGCCUGAAUGUUUGAUGUGUUGUAAAUAAUGUUAGCGGAUUUGUGUUCUGGCGGUGAUUGACUGUAAACCAAUUCUCCUUCUGCUCCAUCAAGAGAGCUUUUGGUCGUAUUAGGUCGACACGACCUACACCACGGUGUCACAGAAGCACCCAAGUGGCAAAAUCCCACCUUGGGUCCGACACCAGAGGUUCUCCCCUCAGGCUGCCGACGGGCGACUGGCUAGACCUGCGCCUUCCCACAGCCUAGGGGGAUAAUUAUAAAUUCAAUUUACUUAUUGAAUAUCUGUUUGUAUAUAAGUUGUUUACUGUGUUUGUAUAUUUUUUCCCUUCUCCCGUGUUACUCCCUUAAUUUCACAACCGGCCCAACCCCCCCAUCCCUUCCACCCCACAAUGAGCAAGACGGACCCUCCGCAAGGGCCACACACACACUCAGACCCGGUGGCCACUCUAAAGAUAGUCACCCUCAAUGUGAAAGGCCUCAAUACCCCUGAGAAGCGAUCCAUGACUCUCACGGAAAUGCAUAAACUCAGAGCAGAUGUGGUCUUUAUACAAGAGACCCACUUUAAAAAAGGCAUAGCCCCUACUCUCAAAAACAGGGCAUACCCCACAGGUUUUUUCAGCAACUACAGUGAUACCAAGGCCAGGGGGGUGGCCAUACUAUUUGCCGCACACACCCCCUUCACAUACAAAGACCACAAAACGGACGAUGGGGGCAGGCUGAUCCUGGUGAAAGGCCAGAUAGGUCAAAACAUGCUUACCUUUGCUAACAUAUACCUGCCCAAUAGACACCAGGGUAAGGCGCUUAAGAAACACCUCCGCAUAAUUGAAUCCUUCAUGGAAGGCAUGCUAAUCCUGGGUGGUGACCUAAACAUGUCCUUAGACUCUGCCCUUGACACGACUUCCCAAUCCACACACUACCAGACCACUACAAGGAAGCAGGUAUCACACCUUCUCGAUCAGGCUAGGCUACAUGACUGUUGGAGAACCAUGCACCCUCAAACUAGAGACUACUCCUUCUACUCUACAGCUUCGGGCACAUACUCUACGCUGGACAUGCUAUUUCUUCCCCAGGACUACCUACACCUGGCCACCUCCUGCACCUACGGCCCGAUCACCUGGUCGGAUCACGCACCCCUGUCUCUUGCCGUACAAAUCCCUACACUCCCGCUAACAUCUUUUCAUUGGAAACUUAAUGAUUUCCUACUCAAUGACCCCGCCAUUACAUCGCGAGUGGAAAUCACUCUCGCUAACUACUUCCAAGAAAACACGCUCCCAUCCAUUUCCCCCAUCAUAACCUGGGAGGCACACAAGUGUGUCAUACGGGGAGAAUUUCUGGCAAUUAUGGCUACCCUUAAAAAACAGAGGACACAAAGAAUCGAUGCACUCACACGGGAAAUUAGGACCCUGGAACAUACUCACACCAGGGAUAGCUCCCUCCUGAUGUAUAACACUCUCAUAACCAAACGCGCAGAACUGACACAAUUACUGCAACGCCAAGCCAAGAAAAGACUAUUAAACACCAAACACUCCUACUACGCGAGGGGAGGCAAAUGCAGCAAAUUGCUUGCCAAUGCCCUGCGCCAAUCCAGACAAAAUGCAUACAUUUCCAAAAUCAAGACACAGACAGGCAUAAUAUCCCACACCCUUCCAGAUAUCAUGGAAGCCUUUCAACAAUUUUACACCAAACUGUACAACCUCAGAAACUCGCCCCCCUCCACAACCGACAUAGAAAGUUUUCUUUCCUCUAGGCUCAAAAACACAAUCCCUGCAGACGUAGCUCGCUCCAUAGACAUGCCUAUUACCCAGGACGAAUUAAAAUGUGCGAUCAAAUCAACACCGUUGGGCAAAAGCCCAGGUCCCGAUGGCCUCACGGCCAAAUACUAUAAACACUUCGCCACACUUCUGACGAAACCAUACCUGAGGGCAUUUAACGCUCUCACAGACCCGCUCCCACUCCCAGCAUUGGCACUAGAAGCACACAUCACACUGUUGCCGAAACCGGGUAAAGACCCCACUGAAUGCGGUAGUUACCGCCCAAUAUCGCUCAUCAAUGUAGACCUAAAGAUAUGCACAAAAAUUCUAGCCACGCGACUUCAACCGAUCCUACACACCUUAAUACACCAAGACCAAUCUGGCUUCGUCCCUAAGCGUGAGGCCAAACACAAUACAACUAAACUAUUAAAUCUCAUACACCUCUCCCAUGUCACUCAAAGACAGAGCCUACUUCUAUCCAUAGACGCAGAAAAGGCGUUUGAUAGAGUAGACUGGAAAAUGCUGACAGCCACACUCCAAGCCUUAGGCUUUGGCCCAAAUUGGAUGAAAUGGAUGGGAGCCUUAUACUCUACCCCAACGGCGAAAUUGAGAAUAAACGGCCAAUUAUCAAACCCAGUACACAUUAGCAACGGCACGAGACAGGGGUGCCCUCUCUCCCCCUUACUCUUUAUUCUCUCUUUAGAACCCUUUUUGCAGGGAAUAAGAGACAACGACGACAUUCACGGAUUCACUGUCCACCCACAGGAGUUUAAGGUCUCUGCAUUUGCAGAUGAUCUACUAUUCUCCGUCAUGGACCCACUCACUUCCCUACCACCCCUGCUUGCAGAACUGGAGGCAUAUGCAGAACUAUCCAACUUUAAGGUCAACUACACAAAAAGCGAAAUGUUACCCCUCCGAAUGGACAGACGCACACAAACUGAACUUAAAGCCGUAUAUCCCUUCACUUGGGCCGAGAAGUCCAUCACCUAUUUAGGGGUCCACCUGCCCAGACACUUAAAACACACAUAUGACCUAAAUUUUACACCACUACUAACGGCAAUAUCGAAACAUAUAGGGGACUGGCAGAGACCGGUUUUCAGCUGGUUAUGUAGGAUCAACAUAUUGAAGAUGAACACGCUACCUAAAGUGCUGUACCUCCUACAAACACUCCCCAUCACAAUCCCCCCCUCCUUCUUCACUAAACUCAAACGAAUCUUCACGACCUUCAUCUGGGCGAACAAACGCCCGAGGAUAGCAUACUCGGUUCUGACCAGACAGAGAACAGGGAGGGUUAGGACUACCCCACAUUGAACGCUACUACCAGGCGGUCAUACUGACUAGGAUAUACGAAUGGAAUGCAAUACACCCACUCAAACAAUGGGUACACAUAGAGAGCUCCAUGUUCCAAUCCCCUCUAUAUACGAUCCCAUGGCACGACGAGGGUCGUUCUCUCCUCCGGCCACAACACGCUCAUCACCCAACGAUCAUGCCCACACUACGUAUAUGGUCACGCAUUAGACACCAAACUGACGUCUCACCACAUCCCUCACCCUUCUACCCUCUAGCACACAACCCCAACUUUUUACCGGGCUUACGCCCCCAGUUCUUCCAUCAGUUCCCACCGACUCAAAAAACAAGAUACCCGAUGGUCAGCACGGUCAUCACACCAAAGGGGAUAGCUCCGCUGUCUGUCUUAACAUCCAAAGACCACCCAACUUCCCAGCAAUAUUUCCAAUACGCCCAACUGUCACACUUCCUGAAGGGGGAAUCACACCUUCUUCGAGGAACAAGAGCACACACCAAAUAUGAAACCUACUGUACUACACACAGCCUACAAAUCAAGCACUUAUCUAUAUUCUACAAACUCCUUAACACCAUCAAUCUCACCCCCCUCCCCCAUUCACAGCUUCAUGGGAAACUGAGCUGGGGAUCACCAUUCCAAUGGGUACAUGGCACAAAAUAUUCAUAUACGCCCAUACCACGUCCAUUAGCACCGCAGUAAGGGAAAGCACAUACAAAAGAAUCUCUAGAUGGCACUACUCACCUGCUAAGAUACAUGCUAUUUUUCCAACAGCGCCAGAUACAUGUUGGAGGUGUGGGCAACCCAAAGGAACUACAGCUCAUAUCUGGUGGCUAUGCCCGACCAUCCAAACUUAUUGGCAGAGGUUGGGAGGGCUAAUCAAGGCUAUAACAGGCCAUCAACUACCACAAUCACCUGAAACCUUCCUCUUCCUUGUACACACAACCCACAUUCCAAACCUCCAACGCAAACUAGUCAACCAUUUGCUGACAGCAGCAAAUAUGUUGAUACCGUUGAAAUGGAAAAGCACCAGGGCCCCGUCAGUACGGGAGUGGAUACAAAAGGUAGAAUUCAUAAGGACCAUGGAAGAACUAGACGCAUCAUACUCAAACAAAUACUCCACCUACACCUUAACAUGGCAACCUUGGCUGACUUAUCUAGGCAAUAGAGCCACUUAAUCACCGUCUAAACCACCAGCUACACAAGACCACCCUAAUACCUGCACUGUUCCUACCCUUCCCCUGUUGUUCCCCCAUUACUAUAAGCUGCAAACUAUAUCACGCUUGAAGUUAUAUUGAACUCAAUAGAACAAACUAUAUUGUCCGCUUUGAGACAAAAUUCCCUCAAACCAAUUACUGUUACCCUACUUUGUUGUACAACUGUGAUAAAUGUAAAAAUGCGCAGACUUUCUUGCCUGCAUAUUUAGAAUUGUUAACUGUUAUACAAGGGUGGCAAACAACACCCAUGUUUUGUAACUUUAUAUGCGCAAUUAAAAUAAAGAAUAUAAAAAAAAAAAAAGAAAUGUAAAAACAGCCCUGGUCCUUAGCAGUGAGAAAAUUUGAGAGACGGUCUGGUCACUUAGGGGUUAAAAACAAACUUUCAUCAGGACCCUGAGCCACAGACAGAGAGUGUGUGCCUAAACAAAGUGAAUUAAGAGAUUUAACUGUUGGAUAACAAAUAUUUGUGCAUUCAGACUGCAGCGGCAUGAUCUAUACACCAAAAUCACCUUAAUAUCUAUCACUGUUUUGCUGCUUAGUGUGCUUUUAAAUGUGUUAACUCACUGCAAAGGUCCAAAUAAUCAUACGAAGAAAAAAUGUACAAUGUAAUUUGGUAGAAAAUUGAUGCCAUUAAUUUGCUUGCUCAAACAAUAGUUUCAUAAUGUUAUUGUCAAACAAAAUAACUGACAAGUCACUAUCUUGUAAUAACAUCACUGACCCAGUAUAGUAUUAAUAAGCUUUAUGAAAAAUGACUUUUGGUGAAUUUGCAGUAUCUCUUUGAAUUGUCAUUAUUUUACAGUUUUAAUGAAGGAAAAUACAUUAAAGUAAUUAAAAAGAACUACUGAGUGAUAAAUGUUUUAUAGCAUAGCUACAAUUGAUUCAGCUGCAUUUUGAGAAGUAUUAUCUUUAAACUUUAGCAUACAGUCUCACAUAAAGCAUUGCAUGUGAAUUGUACCUGAGUAAUGUUUGUUAUAUCACUGUUGAUCCCUAUGGAUUUGAAUGCAAUGAUAAAAUCCGUAUACAAUUAGGAAACAAAUUAACCAGGCCCAACCUAUAUGUGUAUCAUUUGGGGAUUGCAAAACUAGCAAGAUUGCUAGUAAGCAUUUCCAAAGUUAACAACCCCUAAUAAGCCAGUCAAUGGUUAUUGACCAAUUACUGUUUCCUAAGAAUGGGAUGAAAUUACUCCAAUAAAUUCUGCAAGAAGUCAAGUGGAUAAAUGGAUUUCUCACUUACUACUGGAAAAAACUGUGAAUUUUGUAUGAUUCUUCAUGUUUGUUAUACUCUUUAUGAGUUGGGUAUGAAUUAACUCUUAUAUGUCUGCUCUGUAUAGUUCACAGUAGUGAAUUGGUUUUAGUUUUAACUGCCUCUGAACAUUCAUAGUUGUGUUUCCACCAUAUUCGUUGAUUUAUUGUAAAAUGAUCUAGAAAUUGUUAUGGAUGAGCUUUUUAUAGAUAUUCCCUCAGAACUAACAGCAAAUUUGAGAAACACAAGUAUCUCCAGUGAUAUUACCAUUUUAUGACGCUAGUACACAUUUUUCCUGGUUGGGCUGAAACAUUGACAACUAAACUGAGUAUUGUAGUAAACUUCUGCUAUAAAUAUCUAUCUAUCUAUUUAUCUAGCUUUCGAUCUGUCUGUCCCUGGUCUCUCUGUCUUUCUGUUGGUCGGUCUGUCUAUCGGUUAGGAUCCACUUUUGCCUUCAGUGUAUCCCAGCUAGCAACACAAGGCAGGGUGAAUCCAUGAAGUUUACAAACCAAUUCUUAUUUUUAUAUUUUAAAGUUGAAAGAGAAAUCAGUCUUUACAGACCAGCUUUUGCCAAUCAUAUGCUGUACUCUCAUCUUCCAUUUCUCAUCUCCCAAAAAAUGAACAUGGUUAGGUCUUUUCCCAGCAAAGCUUUUUGUUAAGCUUGAUUCACUUUAAAUUCAGAAGUGUUCUUUUGCAUAUUAAUGGUUUGGUUAGAGUAAUAUUUCAAUAUACCUAGAAUGCAGAUGAAAGAAAGAAUGGGAUACAUAGAAGUUUAGUCCACAGGGCUGCCAUUUUGUAGGUGUCUAUGGUACAAUUCAUUGCUAAAACUCUGGUAGCUAUAUACCAUUAACAUUCUAAGAGCUCAGCUGUUUGUUAUAUACUCAAUCCCUCAUGCCAAUUACAUGUCUUCUGCAUUCUAAUAUUUAGGGGGACUGGAUACUUAACUCACACUUAUAUAAUCUACCUUGGAGUCAUCCUCCAAUCGCAGCAUUUACUGUAAGUUGGCCACAUGAGAGUGAAAUUUAGAUUCACUUUCUGGAUGGCAUAAUUUACUUUGUUACUAUAUUUACUUACUAUUGUCUGUAAUGCAUUUAGUGCUUUUUAACAAUUUGCCUUUUGCUUAUUCACCAACUACAAUUCUUAUUCUUUCUUUUUUAGUUUAUUUUAAUACUCACAAACUUUAGAACAUUUAAGCUUGUACAGUUGACAUUUUCUAUAUAAAUGUGUCAAAUUGACAGUUAGAAAGAUUUUUUUUUCAAUGAUUGUGGAUUUUGUUCUUUCCUAAUUUAGUACUGUAUCUAUAUUUGCCUAUUAUACGAAGCUUGUAAUGACAAAACGAAAGCCAAUCUUUAAAAGCCAGUAACAUAAAAGAAGAUAUCUCUUUGUAAGUAAUUCUGGUGCUUCACCAUUAACUUACAAUGUUAUUUUAUCCUUGAAAAUAUUGGCUGUCCUACCCAAUUAUGCUUGACUGAUAUUAUAAAUGACUGUGUGCAUUAAAUCCCUCUUAAACCACAUGUCUUGAAGAAAUGUAGUCAAAUCACUUUACCCAUUUGUUUAAAAGGGAAAAGUGAAGAUGACACUGCUCAACUUGUAAAUGACAAAUAUUUAUAAUAAUUCUUCUUGUCAAAUAGUGAGCAAACUUUCCUUUUUCACAAAUAGUGGCAGAAAAACUGAAUUAACCAUUUGUACUCAAUAAAUAAUUCCAAAAUGUCUCAAAGUUUUUGUUGCAAUAAAAAUAUUUUAAUAUGGGUUACAAAUCUAAUCCAAAAACAAAAACCAAGGCCCAUUUUACUAUAUUCAAAUAUUCUAUUUUGCCUUGCAUGAAUUUUUAAAUAUGUACUGCAUAUUUGAUAAUUUCUUUAAAAAAAUAUUCACAAAUGUUUAGUGUGCUAAAUUCAAUCUCAUAGGUGUUUUAAUCACUUGUGGGACAUAUGUUUUUGCAUAACUGGCACUUCUCAGUUGCAUUAAGAAUUCCUACUUUGCAAGAAAUCCCACUAUAACUGAAAAAUAAUCAUUUUUGCAUGUAAACAUUUGAAAAAAAAUUCAUUUUAUGUCUAAUUUUUUUUCCCCCAUUCACAUGAUAUUUAAAUAUAGAUAGAUGACAGCAAAACAGACAGAUUUAUUUUAGGAAUAAUUGUAGGAACUCAAAAAUGUGCCUAUUUGUAAAUGCUCCUCUUUUCAAUAAAAUUCUGUCCAUAUCUAUUCAGUAUCUAGUUAAAUUUUACUGUUUUAGGUAGCAGCUGCUUAAUUUAAGUAUUGAUUACGUUUAUCAUUAACAUCUUCUUAAUACUUUACCAGAUGCUUUAAAUGUGCAGCUGUUUCUCUCAAAAGCAUUUGAAAAAUUACUUUUAAAAAUCCAGUGUAAGGCAGCAGUUUAUUAAAAAAUAUUGUUUUGCAGAGUUUUUUUAAAAGAAAAUAUAAUAAAAAAUAAUAUAAAAGAUGGCAAAUCUAUCACAUGUAACAAUAUAAUUAACAUGCUUGAGUGAAUAUUCCAGUUUCAAGGCAAUUGCUAUUUUUUAUUUUUGUUAGUUGGCAAUCUAAAUACCAAUCACAAAGAAAGAAUGAGAACUCUGAGAAUGGACAAAGGCUUAGGGAGACUCAAUAGCUUGCCCUUCAAUAAACCUCUUUUCAGGUCUCAAAAUAUUUUUGCUCAAUUGUGCCAUUACAGAGAAAACAUAUCUGAUUUACUAAAUCAACUUAUUUUUGCUCAUCAAGUAAAAAGUACCACCUUUAUGAACAAUGACUUUUAUAUAUACAUAUAACUGAGAGGAGGGAAAAUUUACAGCAGUCGGAGAAACAAACCAUAUUUAGACACUAUGUAGACGAAGAUUAGAUACAUUUUAUUUUUAGUGGCAGUGCCACUUUAAGAAUAUGCCCAAUUGUUUAAUUAUAAUUUUCUUUACUUUUUAUACAGAACACCAUACAUACAUAAUUUAAAAUAUGUAUGUAUGCAUUGCAUGAUUAAACAUGAAUACAAUCUAACAAUUUGUAUAACUUUUAAUAAUAUUUCUCAAUCAUUUGCAUACUACCCUUGUGUAAUUAAAUCAAGAUAUCUAAAUGCAGAUACAUUUAUUUACCAUAAUUCUAAUAUAAUUUUAUGCAUUAAUCAUUUGUAUGUUUUUUUUGGCAGCUGUAAGUCUUAUACUACAAUGAGUACACUUCUACGUCAAAGCUGGUUUAAAUCUAUUUUCAGAAUCCAUUUGUAAAUGUGAAUGUGGUCAUAAAAAAAAAGUCUGCUUCACAAAUACAAAAAUGAUUAUAUGACAAAAAGCAAUAUAUUUUAUUUGGAAGCCAAAUUACUUAGAAGAUGAAAAUAUGGUUGCAUAUUUUAAAACAAAACAUCUCUCUUUUGAUGAACAUUUGUAUAAAUCUACGCAUAAGCUUCAUUUGUAGUGGAGUGCAAAUAAAUAAGAUACAGACAAUGUUGAAUUUAAAAAAAUAAGUAGAAAAAAUCAGCUAAAAUUAAUUCAACAUUGUCAUUCUUAGUCUAUUUACUAUCACCAAAGCAACUUAACUGCUGAUUUGACCUUUUCAAUUGCCUGGAUUUUGAAGGCUUAAUUUUGCACCUGCUCAUCAAAUUAAGAAAUGAUUUGCAACACAUGCUGCUAUGCUGCGGCAAAUGAAAGGACAAAGUCCAUUUUAUGGCAAUAUGUUAGUGCCAAUGGAGAAAAGCAGAAAUGAGCCAAAUUUGGAAGUUAACAUAAAUCAAAAGCCAAAAUAGGUUUUUGGUUUUUUUAGUCAUCAACGGA